CUUUGGAGAUGUCUGAUCCUUAACGCAACCCUUGUUUUCUUUUACAGUUUCGUGAUUGCAGGCGGGGAGGUAGCAAAGGGACAAUGGUAAGUGGCUUCAUAUUUGAUAUCGCGGUUCCUGUUACAUCUAUAAAUUUGACGCCGAUACCAGUGUUUUCCUGAGUGGCAUUCUCUACAAAGAAACAGCAGAACAUCAAAACUGUGCCAAUAUUCUCCCAGGGAAAAGAAGGCAAUGUUUUAGAGCAGAGAAAAGGGCAAGCACCUUGACUGACAUGAAAAGGGUUUGGAGGGUGUUGUUGAUUUGAUUUACUUGGCAUCUGUGGUGCUUUGUCUCUUGGACCAAGUUGGUUGAAAGCUCUGAAGUUGAGCUCUUGCCAUUAGGAGGAUCUCUCUCACCUGCAAAUCGACUUUGCUCUCACAAGGAAGUUGUUGUAAUCAUGGACAUUUUAUGGUGGGAAACAGACGCAUACUGAGGAAACAUGCCUCUUAAAUACGUAGGAUUGAUUCUGAAGGAAUGUGUUUCCUCUAUGCACAGAUACUCUUGGAGUAAAUCAGUUGAGAACUGCUUGAAUAUGAAAUCCACAUGGGUUUUUGAAAGGUUCAUAAUCAGGAGCAAGCAGGAAAUCUAAUCUAAUGCAAUGAAAGCAAUCAUAGAGAAUGUGAUGUGAUGUUAAAACAAGGGCUUCAUGUGAGUGAGAUCCUAAUGGCAAUGAUAACAUUUUCCAUAUGUGUUCCUCUGUAGGUAUUUUUCCAUGGGGAAAAAUGUUCCAUUGCAAUGGGCGCCUAAUGAUUUCUUUCUUUCUUUCUUUCUUUCUUUCUUUCUUUCUUUCUUUCUUUCUUGCUGAGGGGUGGACAGGACAGUUAACAAACCCACACAGGCAAGCCUCAGAGCAGAAACCCUCCUCGAGAAAUAUUUGUGGAGAGUUAGUGGAGACCCCUAUUCCUCAGAGUUACAAUUCUUAUUUCUCCAUUCCUCUUCCCAGAGAAGUCUGAGAACUGUAACUCUGUGAGAGGAAUAAGGGCCUCCUCGUGACAUUUAGCACCAUUAACAAGCUAUAGUUCCAGGGAUACUUAACAGGGAGGAGCAAUGACUCUAUAAAGUGGCAUGAUACUACUUUAAAUCUAUAGUGCAGAUGAGGCCUAAUUCUAGUUUUGCCUGCCUUCUCCUGCCUUCUAUGAAUGGCUGGCCAGAGAUCUUUUGUCACCUGAGCAAGGCCAGUCCUACCAUGAGGCAAAGUGAUGCAGCUUCCUCAGGUGGCAAAUUCUGAGGCAUGGACAAUGACUAGAAAGGUGUGCCAUGUGGCCUGCCCUGCAGCCCCUAGGCUAGAUUGCUGCCAUAGCAUUGCUGGUGUACCAGUGAAGUGACCUGAGGUGACCCAUCUUGGGUGGCCACAGGGAGCAGGAGAUCACAAUCUGGCUUCAGCGUCGGUGGCUUCCAACUUGGCUUUGGGUCAGCCAAAACCAGCCAAAACCACAGCCAAAACCAAAGCUAGGGAGAGCAGUAACAGUGCUUCCUGGAACGUCCAAUUUUCACAUAUGCUCUCAGUGAAAAGGGGGAGUUCCUACAAAGCAGAUGCAUUGCUACUGGUCUCGUUCCAACCUGGAUCUGUGUUGGGAGCCAUUAGUGGGACAUCUUGCCUCAGGCACAGGGCCAGCUCAAUAUAUUUUGGCACCUGACGCACCCACAAAAUGGCAUCCUCUCUCCACCAGGGAAGAAGGGGUGAGUGAAGAUCUACCUCAGGAACAAGGGGGUGGGGAGUAAAGCUCUACACUGGAAUCUGAUGCCUCUGUGGAUCGUGCUGCCUGAGGUGGUCUCCUCACCUUUCCUCAUGGGUGGACCAUCCCUGCUGGUGGUGGUGUGGUGGUUGGGGCUUCUGGGUGACAGAGGAAAGGGUUUUUGGACAGGCCUGAGCCUCAGCACCUCUCUUCUUAAACAUGCAUUUCAAACUUGAAUUGCUCUGUAGGUCAGAAGGGGGGAAAAACUGAACAAAAAGCUAUCUGCCCAUUUAAAGCAAUGUCUUCAACAGUUGUUGUUAAGUUUGAAAAGCCCAUUAGGUUUCAGGAUCUUCACUCCCAUUUGUUCCCUCCUGGGUAAUUACUGUUGGUGUGGGAAAAUAAGAAAAGUUCUUUGUAGGUCAUCACUUGGCAGCUAAGGAGGUCAAGCACAACUCCAAGCUAACAUGGUAAUCAGCAUGAUUUUGGGCAAAGUGGGGCAAAAACGCCUUUCUCCUCAUGCAUUCUUUCUGUUGUGAGCGUGAGCAACACAGAAGAUGAGUUCUACUGAUAAGAACUUGCCUGCUGUGACAAUGACGGCUGAAGCUUUAUGCCAAGGAUGGAUUUGGAUAAAUCUGCUAUGAAUUCACAAAUAAAACCCACAGGGGUAAUUUUGAAAGUAAUUUUUCCUUCAAAAUUAAAGUAACUGUUAACAGCGAGCUUUUCUCCAGCUCUUUAGAACUCUUAAAAGUCAAUUAAUAUAGCUCAACCAUCAAUCUGUAUCCUAGGUGAGUUGUUGGAUAAAUUAAACGUGACUUAAGUUAAAGAUGGUAUCAUACUCCUAUCAUUCAUUAGUGCCUUAGAUGGGUUCCUAUUCUACUCUUUUAUGACUGUUAGCACUCCACUUUCUAUGAAAAGAUUCAGGGCAGCAGUGAAAAUCAUUUCUCUUCUACCUACUUUUCUGAAAGAAAAUAUUCCUUUAAAGCCAAUUCUGCGCAUGCUUAGAGCUACUAUACAGUGUGACUCUGUCCUGGGCUUGGGGAGGACACCAUUCUCUGCAGUGCUUCAGGCUGCAAAAUGUCUUAGAGCAGCCCUGCUUUGAAGCUAGAGACUUUUAGGUAGGCUUGACCUUCUAAGUCCUUUUUGUUUCUUCAUGGACAAUCUCUUUCCUGGGACACCACAGUCUCACUUCAUUCACAUUUUCCACUGCAGACAGGGCAAGCUUAUAGAAAUCUCCUCAGAAGCAGAUUGCACUGGUUUCAGUGGUGCUUACUUCCAGAAAAUGGGUUUGGGCCAACUUAACAUUUUCUGCUGUUGACCUUUCCUCUUUUUCCUAUCCAUGAUCUGGGAUUCACAUUCAGCAGAAUGAGGUGCUAAUUGAGUGGCGAAAUAAGAGUGCUGAGGUGAUAAAAUUGACUGGAUCAGUUCAGGUAGUGGUGGUAGUGGGGGAUGGAAUCACAUUUUAACAUUCUUCUUUUUUUUUUUUAAGGGAAAAAAAAGUAAGAAACUAGUGCAGCAAAAGAACAAACUGGGAUAGGACAUUUCUCCCUGAUUGGUUGGCCUCUUCCUCUCCCAUCUUGUAGCAAGCCUAAUAGUGGGAAAAUAAAAUAAAAUAAAAACAACUUUCUCCAUCUGUACUCCAGUCCAUUCUCUCAUCUCAGGAGUCUGCACAGACUAGACUGGUUUCACCUCCCAAGUGAUCUGAGCAGAGAUUGUGUCACAUUUGUGAUCUCCUCUGGGUUAAAGUUCACACUUUGGAUGCGAACAGAAAUGUUUAAAAGCAGUUUCAACUGCCCCAUCCUUUUCAUCAACAUGCACCAUAGACCACAUUUCUGAACCCAGUUAGGUGGAACCCAUUGAAUUCAGUGGGUCUUACUUUUGAGGAUGUGUCUCUAGGGCUGUUGAGAUCCAUAGCAAUGUCACUUCCAAGAGGCAUCUAGGCGAAAGUGCUUUGACCAGCUGUUAACCCAAAGUCUAUAAAAACCAGUGAUUGUCAAUAAAAAGUAGCCUCUGGAUCACUUCUUAAUAGAUGAGCCGUAGGCGGAACAGUCCAUGCCAAAAGAGUGGGAUUUCACACUUGCUUGUCUGCCUGGGGGUAUAUUUAGCAAUUUGAAUGCUCGUGAUUUGAUGAACAGUUGCUGCCUCAUGGAACAGAUGGCUUGCAAAAUGAUCUCUAGGAAGGCUAUAUAAGGUCAAACACCAAACGUCCUUUCUCACAUUUAAUAGCACCGACAUGAAUGCUGAGUUUGGAAAAUGGUGCUUGUAAGGCUGAGGUGCCAAAACUUUCUCAGCUUUGGAAACAAUGCAGUCCCGCUCUGGCCUUUUAUUUUCAAUAGCUUGUUGCCAUGUUUUUAUCACACUGCGGUAAGUAGGCUGGAUCUGGCAUGUGGGUAAGAGAUUACCAGUUGACCAGACCUGAUCUGGGAUGCCAUUUGUAUAUAGAAGCCUCUUUUAGGGGGUGAAUUCUCUUCUCUGGGCUUGGAUGUGGGAGUCUGCCACAUGUCUUCAUUCUCUGGUGAAGAACAAUUCCCCACCAUGUGUUCUGGUGAACAUGAGAAAACGAAACCAUCUUCAUAUUAUUUUUCAAGUUUUAAACUCUUUCUUGCCCUCUUCAAAUGAAGCUUUCCUGACAAGAUGCUCAACUUAAAAUAGUCAUCUUGAUGUAGUCACAAGCAAUCUUUCCCCUAGAGGAAAUAAUCAUUCUUGAUCAAAAAUGUCAUUUUUUUGAGGGAGGGGGAAAAGUUGAAGGCUCCAUCACAUAAUUUAUGAACAGAAUCAUCUGACACUUGAUAGUAACAGAGAAUUCUAACUUCUAGAGAAAUUACUGGCUGCCAGUAAAAGACAAUUCUUAUGCAAUCAUUCCAGCAAAAGAAAAAAGGGAGGGGGUGCAGGGAGAAAAAUGAAAUUAAGUAUUUGGCGUGUUAUCUAUUAGUCUAUUGUACUUACUUGCUUUCUUUCAAAGUAAUUGUGCAAUAAUGAUAGUUCAGUAGAUGUCAUGCGUUGAUGGUGUUUUUUUGCUAUGCAAAUUAAAAUUAAAGUGAACUGAAAAAUGGUUCUAAAUUGUUGCAAUUCUUGUCAAUAGACUUGGUCUUUGGGGCUUUGAAAUCCUGAAUCACAGCUUACGUUCUGGAAAUGGGGCUCCCGCAGGACUUGACAUGAAAUCAUAGAAUUGUAAAGUUGGAAGGGACCCUGAGGACCAUCUAGUCCAACCCCCUGCCAUGUAACUGUCCCAUACAGGCAUCGAACCGAUGACCUUGGCAUUAUUAACACCACACUGCAACCAACUGAGCUAUCCAUGCACUGAAGUUCCUUAAAAUGAAUGGAGAUUACGCAGCUGCAACAUUUGUUGGGGUCAUCCCUUUAACUGGUGGAAAAAAUAUUGUUAAGGUUGGCAGGAUUUUAUGAUUACUUUGCUUUUUUAUACUUAAUAAUUUAUAGAGGCACCCACAAUGCAUGAUCCAAAUCAGCCUUGUUAAGGGGUCGAGAGAUUGAGAUACAACAGCUGGCUGUGCUGUGGACAGUCAAAGGGAUUUUUAAGGGAUUUACUCAUUAUCAUAGAAAUCACAUACUGUCUUGUCUUUCUCAUUUAGUCUGAUAGAGGAGGGAUCUAUUCCUUGCUGCUGCUCUUUCCCUUGGGCAAAAAUGCCAUUAUCAUAGCUGUGCCAGUUUUGCUCCUGUUGCUGUGGCAGAGCUGAUCGGAAUAUUUUGCAGCAAAAGAAGCUUCUGCUGAAAGCGUUCGCUCUCGUUAAAAUAAACAAACGCUGACAGUGUACCCACUUACCCACUUAGAGCACAAAGCAGUAGUUUAUUUGACAUACACAAUGCAGAAUUCUUUGCAGUCAUCCUCAAUAAGCUGCUUUUAAUCCAGAUAUAUUCUAGAUCUUCAGCCCACAAGAGUGGGUGUGGUUAUUGAAAAUGUGUUUCGAUAUCCUCCUCUUGAUGAGGUUUCCAUGCCUUCUCCAUGCCCUCCAACACAAUAAAGAAGUAGUGGUUGUGGUUUUGGUGUACACCCCCACCCACAGCAACACUGGGCAGGUAUGACUACACCCCCUAGAGCUGGGGCCACCUCCAUCUGUUAUCAGUGAAGUCAAUAUGGGCUACUGAGCGGCCACUUCUGGAGAACCACAGCCAAUUGCAGUCACGAACGGCUCUGGGGUUGUGGUGCUCAUCUCGCUUUACUGGCCGAGGGAGCCGGCGUACAGCUUCCGGGUCAUGUGGCCAGCAUGACUAAGCCGCUUCUGGCGAACCAGAGCAGCACAUGGAAACGCAGUUUACCUUCCCACUGAAGCAGUACCUAUUUAUUUACUUGCACUUUGAUGUGCUUGCGAACUGCUAGGUUGGCAGGAGCUGGGACCGAGCAACGGGAGCUCACCCCGUCGCGGGCAUUCGAACCGCUGACCUUCUGAAUGGCAAGCCCUAGGCUCAGUGGUUUAGACCACAGUGCCACCUGCACUGUAGUGUUGUGGAUAGUAUCAGGCUAGGACUGUAGGGGCUGAGGUUCAAAUCCUUACAUUGUCGUGAAGUUCAUUGAGUGAUCUUCAGCCAGUCAUUAUCUCUAGGUCUAAUCAACCUCAUAGGGCUGUUGUGAAAAUACAAAUGCCACACCUGCUUUGGCCCUCAGCCACAGGGUUGUUGAUAUUUCAUUAAGUUCCCUAAAGUUUGGACAAAAUACCCUAUCAGCAAAGCCUCUGUUGAAAAGCACGGCCAUCUUCUUAGCAGCCUCUUUCCCACCGCAGAUCAACUUAUGCUUCCACAAAUAGAAAGCAGAUAUACAUCACACACAUACAAUUGCAGAGCAAUGCAAAUAAGUGAACAUGGCUAGUUAACUUAGUGGAAAAUUUCCUCUUGAUACCAGAUACUGCAAAUAGGGCAACCGAUUGUUAAAACAGAUCCCCUGCAACAUCUGUCAGUGAAGUUUGUCAAACACAUUUCACUCAGAGCUUGAAACAAGGCAAUGGAAAACGGGAAGAUUAAACACAGAUUAGACCAACCUGCUUUGUGCAAUUUAGUCUCCUUGAUUGCAUAUGUUUACCUUACCAUAACAAUCACAUCAGUUUAAUAAAGCUCAUUCAUAUGAACAUAAUUUAUAUUUUGAGCCGGGUGAUGCUCAUAUUAAUAUUUUUAGUUAGGCCAUGCUUUUCAUUGGAAAACGCCUUCCUAGCUAUUCUCAUUUCUUCUUAUCUCUGGCGUUUAAUUUCAAUAAGUAAGAAAUCACUAUCCACCCAUCUGGUCUAUACUCAAGCUGAGUAUAUACUGAUGGAAAAGUGGCUCCCCAUUCAUGUUAAUGAAUAACAUUUAUACAAUGUGGAUUAGAUCUGAAGACUAGAAUGACCAUAUUAAUAUGGAGGUGCUGCUACUGAAAAGAAAGAUAUCUUAGCUUCAAGAUACCUAGUGGCUUUGAUAGCUUGAAGUAUUUUUCACCACUUGCGACUGGUGUGCCAAUUGAAAUCCUUCAAAGACAUAAAUUGCCAGGCCACUGUUAUCUGUGCCCUGGGAGCUUCUGGUUUAGAUUAUUUCAGUGCGUGUUGUAUAUAGGACUGUCUUUGAAGACUGUUUGGAAAUGUUAGAAUAUAUCAGCACAAUAAUUAACUGGGCCCAAGUGUUUGGCGCAUGUCACUCUAGUUUUGGAACAGCUACCUCAUCUGCCAGUCCAUUUCUGGACAAAAUUAAGAACACUGGACUUUUUUUAACCUAAGCAGGUUGGAAGCAGGAUACCUUAACAUCUGCUUCUUCCCACGUGAAUCUGCUCAGUUACUGAGAUCAACCUCAGAGGCCCUGCUUGGUGUCCCUACUCCCUACCAGCCCCUCCAUCUGGAGUAAGGCAGAGAUGGGACCUUUUCAGUUGUGGUUCAUAGGAAUUUAGCCCUUUGGUCUAUCUAUCUCAGUAUUGUCUACAGGGACUAGAAGGAUUCCACACAUGGAGUCUCUCCUAGGAUCUCCUGUAUGCAGGGCAGAUUCUCUGCCCGUGAGCUAUGGUUUCACACAGGCAUCUGAUUGGCCAUUCUGAUAAAAAGGAUGCUAUAUGGGUCUUUGGUAUGAUCCAGACUACUUUUAUUGUAUUAUGAUCACCUAUGGCCCUCUCCCUGAAGGAGUGUCUCCACCCCCAUCAUUCAGCCCGGACACUGAGGUCCAGCUUCAAGGGCCUUAUGGCUGCUCCCUCACUACGAGAACUGAGGUUACAGGGAACCAGGCAGAGGGCCUUCUUGGUAGUGGCACCUGCCCUGUGGAAUGACCUCCUAUAAGAUGUCAAGGAAAUAAACAACUAUCUGACUUUUAGAAGACAUCUGAAGGCAGCCCUGUUUAGGGAAGUUUUUAACGACUGAUGUUUGAUUGUGUUUUUAAUAUUCUGUGUUUUUAAUAUUCUGUUGGAAGCCACCCAGAUGGGCGGGGUAUAAACAAUAAAUUAUUAUUAUUAUUAUUAUUAUUAUUAUUAUUCAGUCUUUCAAGGUUUGAUCUUUUUUGGAACUCCUCCCCAGUAAGGACACUGUCCAUAUUUCUUCUUUUCGGGUAUCAGGUGAAAACAUUUUAAUUUGCUUGGGGUUUCUUGAGUUUUUUUCCCUUUUUGUCUUUUAGCUAUUUAGGCUAAAAGGAUUGCUGAGGAUGAAACAAUGUUUUUAGAUUCACUGUUGCUCAUCAGCUUCUCAGCAUGUGAUAAGCGUUCAUUCUCCAACUGUGAAGGCCUCUCUUUUCCAGUCUCUAAAGAGAUCUGCACAUAAUAAUGUAUGUGUCGAUGUUGUGUUUAUCGUGGCUUGCUUGCUAUUAUGGUGCUGAAAGGAUAGCGCCUACUCCUAAAAUCUGUCAGGGUAUAGAUCGGGAGUAGCUAACUAUCCUGCUUAUUUGUUGAUAGAACUAAAUGGAGCCUGCGCUAUAGCUCCAGAGGAGUGAAUGUUACUUUAUACAUUCUUAUGCCAAUGUGGUUUUUUGGAGGGCAUCUGAGGACAUAGCCUUGCCUAAUAUGUUGCAUUAUUUGGUUAGAGAAUGCUGCUUCACCUAUCUGAGUGCUGAAUUUCCCAGAAGUUUCUUGGUAAAGCAUGUAUGCAUUAUUUUAAAAUUCAAUGAAACAAAGGUGCAGUUGUUUCAGAAACAAAAUCUGCUAUGAGCUCUCCUUGUCGUGGGCUUUGAUUCGAAAGGCCAAUGUGUUAGUUAAGAAAAAUAAUAAUGUACAGUAGUACCUCUGUUUAAGAACUUAAUUUGUUCUGGAGGUCCGUUCUUAACCUGAAACUCUUUUUUUUUUUAAAUAAUUUUUAUUGAUUUACAACACAAAUAUACAAUUUUAUCCAAUCUUUUAUCCAACCUGAAACUCUUCUUAACCUGAGGUACCACUGUAGCUAAUGGGGCCUCCUGCUGCUGCCCUGCUGCCGGAGCAAGAUUUCUGUUCUCAUCCUGAAGCAAAGUUCUUAACGCAAGGUACUAUUUCUGGGUUAGCGGAGUCUGUAACCUGAUGUGUCUGUAACCUGAAGCAUCUGUAACCUGAGGUACCACUGUGACGCAAACUUCUUGGGCCUGCACCACUUUAGAAUGAGGAAGAAGGAUUUGCUCCUGCAAAUCAAAAAUACCCUCUUCCUUUUUUGCUAGCUUUUCAUGGAUAAGCUUUUGCUCACUGUUUUAACAUGCAGCAUUUAAACAUGCAGUUUCAGUAAUAUCAGAAUUAAUUCUGUCACCUGAGUGUCAUCAUUCAAAUUAGCACUGCCGUUGUAUAGUUAGUGUGGGGACCCUGUGGCCCUCCAGAUGUUGUGGUAUCCCUGACCAUUGGCCACGAGGGCUGGGGCUGAUUGGUGAUGGAGUCCAACAAGUCUCCCACUUCUGAACUGAAGUACUGUUCCUUCCCAAAGUACAGCACUACUAAGAUCUGUUGACUUUUUGGUGGCUGGAUUAGGCCUUCAUAUUUUACUGGGAAAUUAAGCUAAAAAAAGCUCACCGCCAACAGAAUGUAAACGACCAAGUGGUCAUGCAAAUAAGUCUGUAAAGUUUAAAAAUAACGCGUGUAAAAAUAGGAACACAAGUAAUAUGAAAGGUUAGGAUCUAAUUAAUUUAUACAAAAGACCUCAGUAGUGUCUACAUAUAUUGGUGUUGUUUGUGCUAAUCUUUUUCCAAAGCUGUUGAACAGAAAUAGCCUAUUAUGCAACUCAAUGGAAAGCCGUUCCAUCUCACUGAACAUGUAAAAUGUUCCAUCCUUCACCCCUUCUUGGUUUUUUAGCUGUUGACACUGUUCACCUGAGAAUAUGCUACAUCUUUAUCCCUUUGUGGUUGCAUCUACCAAGCCUUUGACCACAGAACUGAAUUGAUAAUAUUUGUGCAUUAAUACAGUUAUCCUUUCCCAGGUGUUAAUCUCUGCUAGAGGCUGUGGGCUGAUAAAUGAUUUGGGCAAAAUGAAUGCCAACGCCUACACUUGGCACAAAUAGAAAGCAAAUUGACAUUAGAUUUUAGGUGUUAAAUGUCAAUAACAUUUCACCCCUUCACAAUCCACAGUGUGUACACACCAAGUUUCGACUGACUGAUAAUAAAAUUGCGCAGAUAGAAAAGGCAAUCAAACCCAUUGUUUACAAGGCUGCUACAACAGAAUGAUGAAUAGGAGAUGUGAGCUGGGAGUUUUAUUUAAUGAGAUCAGUGAGUCCUUGGACAUGGAGAAAAAACCAAACGCAGUGGGAUGUGUGUGGCCACAUGAUGCUGUUAUCCUUGAAUGGCGCACUUGACUCCUGAGCUAAAGUAGCAGUGAUUUUUCAUGCAUGUUGUAGCUUAAGGAGAGGUGGACAAAGGCACCAAUUCAACAAAUGGGACUUACUCAUAGUUAUCUGCUGAACUUGAAUUCUACCCUGCCUGAAAAGAAUAGCCGAGGUGGAAAACAACAACAGGAAACCCACAAAAUAUCAUAAAAUGACAAUAUAGUACAGAAUAAAAAUAGUUAAAAGGAGACUGGCAAAACAUCAAUCAAAACAACUAACUAAAAUCAAUUUUGACAUAAGCUUAAGGGCAACAGGCCUGGCGUUUUUUUUUAAGUAUUAGACAGCAAAUAAUUAGAAAUGGACCUUCUUUGGGCACAGAGUUCUAGAGCCUGCAAAUAGCUGUUGAGAAGGUUGGAGAAUGAGCUCAGCUGCAUAUGGAAUCACAGAAAAGGCAGGGGGUGUCAGUAAUAACCACAAUCUGUUCAUCAUUUAAAGGUCACCUAGAUAGUAGUCAUUAUUAUUAUUAUUAUUAUUAUUAACCUCUGGUAUCAAAAGGAGGCCAAUUAUACCCAUAGCUCUUUUACCAAUCCAGGUUUUCUUGCUUCCUUGAGAAAAAGGAACACAGUUUGAAUGAAAUAUAGGAGACAAACAAAUCAGUGCCUUUUCCUUCCCUUCAGAAGGAAAAUGACAGGAAGAUUGCUAUUUGGAUCAAGGGAAGAAACAGUUUGUUUCCCUCUGUCUUGAGACCUUUCUGAUGUUGUGCCUGUGAGUUUGUUUGUUUGUUUGCUUGUUUUGGUUACCUGUUACACUGAGAGAGAAAAAUAAAGUAAAGCCAAGUUAAUUUUUUUUUAUAAAUUACAGCCAUCCCCAGAGUUUCACAGUCCUCUCUUCUCAAGCGAAACCUUGGAUGAAAAUGUCCAUCGUAAGGAUUUUUAAAAUAGGUAUUAAAUAAGCCUGCCUGACUCAUCAUAGGUAUGGAGUGGACACAUGGGCAUGCAAAAUUGCUUAUUUUGGAAGACAUUUUAAGGCUUAGCCAAAUUUUUCAGAGCAAUGACGAAUACAGGGGAUUCCCCACCCCCCCAUUCAUUUAAACGUUGAAACAAUAAAUUUGAAAUGACCGGUGGCAGCAACUUUGUAACGAAUGCCACUGAUCCAAACCUAUAAUCAACUGAAAAUGUUAUCCCCUUUAACAUCUGAACAACAGGUUCUGAGUGAACAUGAACCUGAUACUCCCUGCUUGUCUUAGGAGUGUUUUUAUCACCUGAUCAUGCCUGAAGCCUAGACAUUGAGGAAUCCAUCUCUGACAACCUUAUUCACUUGCUGCUGAAGCUGGCAGAGAUCACUUCUGCUAAUAGUAUUCAGUUCUUCUGCUUGUCUAAGCCAAAGGUCUUUCAAACAUUAGCCCCAUCUUCUGGCGCCGACACUUUCGGAGGCGUACACCCCGUGCAAGGCAGCUUGUGAAAAUUAAAACCACAAUGAAAUGUAUCAAUAAAGUACAGGCAGGCAGGACAGAUCGAAAUAGUCAUCAGUGCAGACCCUUACCUAAAGCAGUUCAGCAAAAGUCUGCUGGUGUAGGAAAGUCUCCACCAGCUGACAAAAAAUGGUGAAAGGGUCGUGGGAACAGCAGAGGACAAGGUGUUCCACAAUCUUGGUCUUUCCCCCCACAAGGCAAAUAAAUUAAAAACAAGGGGGGCACCCACCAGGCAAGCCUUCAAGUAUUGUGCAAUCACAGUAAGUGGACUUGCCUACACAUUCCUUGUGGGCGGAAGCCUACAAAAAACUAACAAGUACCAACCAGUUGGAACUGUAGAGAACCGGGUUCGAAUCCUUGUUCCUGUUGUAGGAGGAGAGAAGACGUUAUGCCUGAGAAUGUAUAGUCAGUGGUGCUGAAGUUGUUACUUGACAUGGGUUUGUUUCUGUUAAGACGGUUAUAUUAUUCACUGUUACAUUGUUAUGCCUGCUGUUUUACAGACCUUUAACUGUGAAUUUUACUGCUUAAGUUAACUCAGGGAGGCUGCUCACAGUUUCAAUGCAUUUUUCAUAAACAUUUUUUAAUAUGUUUUGGGGGUUUGGUUGUUUGCUUUAAAAAUUGAAUUAACUUUUAUUGUCUGAAGUACUGUUGUGUAAUAUAUUUGCAUUGCUCCUGCUUGUUAGGUUUUCAUAUGCUAUACAGUGGUACCUCUGGUUACAAACACCUUGGGUUACAAACACUUCGGGUUACAGACUCCGCUAACCCGGAAGUAGUACCUCGGGUUAAGAACUUUACCUCAGGAUGAGAAUAGAAAUCAUGUGGUGGCAGUGGGAGGCCCCACUAGCUAAAGGGGUACCUCAGGUUAAGAAUGGUUUCAGGUUAAGAACGGACCUCCAGAAUGAAUUAAGUUCAUAACCCGAGGUACCACUGUGUGUGUGUGUGUGUGUGUGAAUGAAGAUACAGUGGUACCUCGGGUUAAGUACUUAAUUUGUUCCGGAGGUCUGUUUUUAACCUGAAACUGUUAACCUGAAGCACCACUUUAGCUAAUGGGGUCUCCUGCUGUUGCCGCGCCGCCGGAGCACGAUUUCUGUUCUCAUCCUGAAGCAAAGUUCUUAACGUGAAGCACUAUUUCUGGGUUAGCGGAGUCUGUAACCUGAAGCGUAUGUAACCUGAAGUGUAUGUAACCCGAGGUACCACUGUAUUUUAGUUUCAUUGUGGGUCUUCAAGCAGAGAGGUGACAAGGGAUGGAUUUCUUUUUUUCUUAAAGAAGUCCUCAGGAAAAUGUGUACACACAUUUGUUCACAUUUCCAAUAUACAGUGGUACCUCUGGUUGUGAACGGGAUCCGUUCUGGAGGCCCGUUCGCAACAUGAAAAGAGUACAACCCACAAUGGCACGUCUGCACAUGCGCGGGUUGUGACUCGCCGCUUCUCCGCAUGACGUCAUUUUGUGCAUCUGCGCAUGCGCGAGUGGCAAAACCCGGAAGUAACCCUUUCUGGUACUUCCAGGUCACCAUGGGAUGUAACCUGAAAGAACGUAACAUGAAGCAAACGUAACAUGAGGUAUGACUGUAUACAUUUCAUAAUUUUGCCCUCCAAAUCAUGGAAGGCUGCAAACAUCGCACAGGUGAAGUGCCAAAGGGGGCAGGACUUUUUCCCCAAGUGAGUAAGCAAAAUGUGUGGGAAAGUUUAUUAUAUGGGUUUACAUGACACGUGUCUCUGACACGGCUUUUUAAUGUGAGCCUGCAGUGGAGCUGGCUAAGGGAAGAAAGGGAGGAAGCUGCCUGGAGGCUCAUCCUACUGUGCCAGGACACAACAUAUGAAAAAAGAAGAGAUGGCAAGCAGCUGUUUUCUGGCCACUGAGGGGGAAUACAAACUUCAGAGACCCAUCUCCUCUUCCUUCCCAUCUUCUAUCCCUCUGCACUUUCUCCCUGCAGCUUGAGUUUGCUCCAACAUUUUCAGAAUCUAGUCCAGUCGCUGUCACUCAAUGAACCUCUCUUGCAUGCCUUAAGAAUCCUGCAUUACCUGAGAUUAUAGGGACAAAAUGUUCCAUUUGGUGGGUUUACGGUGUCCAUGAAAUGCUGUGCAAACAGUUUACUCUGAUUUCACGAGGAGGGCUGAGGAAGAAGGAAGGAUGAAAAGCUGUGAGCGGAUCUUAACCGCGACAGACGAAUAGUUCAGAUUCGUGGUUCUCUUGCCAGCACACCCGUAGAGAACCAUACUGUGGUGAAUAGAUUCUAUUUAUUCAAAAUAGAAUAGGAAAGUUGCAAGCAAUAGAUCAGCCCAAUUAACCGAAUAAAAAGAGAGCACAGGCGGUGAAGUUUCCUAAGGCAAGAGGGAUCAGCUCUCUCCCAACUUCUGGGCACAUUUACAAGCUCAUCCUGUGGCUCUGCAACAAAGGAUUGGGAAGAAUUCGUCCUCCUUGCCACACAACCCUUGGGUAUGUGAACUUGACUAGAGCCCUGUGGCCCCACCAGGUCAGUGCUCACCCCAGAGGAGCACAUGCCAGACCUCCCUCCAUUUUGUACCCCUAACCUUUGGUUAUAACAAUGUCAAAUGGCUGCUGCUUGACAUGGCUAGAGGCUCUAUGGGGAGGUGAUACAUUUCCACUACAACUGGGAGAUCCUCCAAGUGCCCCCAUUUCUGGGGGACUGUCCCGGAUUUACAGAAGCCAUCUUGGUUUCUGAUUUGAUCCUGGACUGUCCCGCUUUUCCUUAAGAAGUCCCUAUUUUCAUCGGAGAAAUGUUGGAGGGUAUAGUGUUAUGUGAUCCCUGAAACAAGGAAAUAAAUAACUAUAAAGUGCUACCUCUGGUUGUGAAUGGGAUCCAUUCCAGAGGCCCGUUUGCAACAUGAGCAGAACGCAAUCUGUGUCUGCGCGUGCGCGGGUCGCGAUUUGCCACUUCUGCGCAUGCGUGUGACAUCAUUUUGCGCAUCUGCGCAAGCGCAAGUGGCAAAACCUGGAAGUAACCCUUUCUGGUACUUCCGGGUCACCGUGGGACACAACCUGAAAAUGCGCAACCUGAAGCAAACGUAACAUGAGGUAUGACUGUACAACCUUUAGAAGACAUCUGAAGGCAGCUCUGUCUAGAGAAGUUUUUUAAUGUUUAAUUAUGUUUUUAGAUAUGUUGGAAGCCACCCAGAGUGGCUGGGGCAACUUAGUCAGAUGGGCGGGGGUAUUAUUAUUAUUAUUAUUAUUGAAUAGAAUGUCCCUCUAGUCAUCAGAGAAAAGUCAGAAGGUUAAUAUAUUAUUAUUCCAUGUGCUAUAGACACUGGCAGCAGAGCACGGUGGGGGCAGGGGGGGAGGACUGACCUCUGGGCUCUGGUUUAUGCAAAGUGCCUCUAAACAGUAAUCUGACCUUUUUCAUGAUAUAGUUUCCUUGUUCUGAAACUUGCGUCACCAGCUUUCCUUCUUGUUUUUAUGUAGCAGCAUUUCACUUAAGCAAGUGGGUGAUGUAUCUUCUUCCUUUCAGCUACCUGAACUGCAGCAAUGAAUAAAACUGAGUCUGCGCUCCAGUGGAGUUGCACGUUUUUAAGGUGGCCUAGGUCUCUUUAUCAUUUUCCUUGCUCCGGAGGUUGUUGUUAUUAUUUCCAUUGUGCGGAAGGGAAAAUUAGGCUAACUGCUUCAAGGCUAUUACUCAUCAGGUAUCUGAACCCAGCUGUAGGGUUCACCUGCUGACCACACUGGUGCUCUUCAAGUCUACUCCUUGAACAGAUCAUUUUUACAUGAAUACUUUCAGAGUGUUUCCAGGCAUGUGAUGUUUGUUUAACAAUAUGAAAGAGGGAGGGAUUGUACCUACUAGCAAAAUACAAGGGGGGAAAAUCAGUUUGUCAUGCCAGAGACCAGGGCUAUGAAUUCCCAUAUGCGUGCUGCAGCAGGUAACAUUCAGUUUCUCUUCUUGCAAGUAAUUAUUUUAUUGUUUCUGUAAAUACAGUGAAUGUGGCAUUAAAGCUGUUUGAAUUUGUGUCACAGUGUUAAAUACUUACCCUUUGCAAAUGAAACGUUUCUCGGGAAUCUGGAAAGGCUGUACUUUCUCUAUAUUUCCUGAAGACAUUUACACAGCGUGCCAUUAGAAAGAGGAAGCUUAAAAGAUGUAAACAGCCUAGGCUGUGAUUUUUGCAAAAUGAAUCCAUGUAAUUUGCAAAUAGAUAAAUAGGAUAGGCAUUCAUGAAUGGCAAAUGCAAAAGAGGCAGCCAUUUUAGUCUGGGUGUUUUUUUUAAAAAAAGUUAAUGUGGCACUUUAAAGAUGAACACAUUUAUUGUGGCAUUUAGUUAUUUCAUCCCUUGUGGUCUCUUCCAACUCUAUGAUUCUAUGAUUCUAUUUUGGAGGUCUUUAAGCAGAGGCUUGACAACCAUAUGUCAGGAGUGCUCUGAUGGUGUUUCCUGCUUGGCAGGGGGUUGGACUCGAUGGCCCUUGUGGUCUCUUCCAACUCUAUGAUUCUAUGAUUCUAUGAUUCUAUGCUACAGAAACAUAUGCACCUUAUAUUGUUGAGAAAUUGAGUUUUCCUUUUCAGGUUGUAGGGUGAAUUGGCUGUUGUGUGAACAAACAGUUUAAAUUAGAUUAGUAAAAAAUAGCACUGAGCGCUUAGUUUGUAUCCAGUGCUGUUUAACUUUUCUCAGCUGUUGAGCAGAAGUACAACAUAUACACACCUCUCAGAAAGUAUAUUUUAGAAUGCUUACCGGUUUUAGAUAUAGUUGUGAACUAUCGGACACACAAAACCUGCUUGCUGCUGUAUCUACUAGUGUCGUGGGAAAGCGUGUUCUCCUUCAUAGAGAGCAAGUGUUGCGGUGGGGUCUGACAGGCCACCCCUCUGUUGCUGGGCAGGUUAGUAUGGAUGACCAUCUGCAGUGAUUGGGCGGUUGGGUUAAUGGGCAAAUUUUGGUGUUGCCAUUUAGGAGGACGGACCAAAGGUUAUAAAAUCAAGUCACGCAGCACUGACUGGGCUCUUUUGCUGUGUGCAUCGGAUCACCCGCCCACCCUCCCUAAUCUAGGGCUAUUGCGUUGACCUUGCUAUGCCUGUCAUGGGGUCGUCUGCUUUUGGGGCAGGGGCCUGGUAGGAAUUUUGUCCAUUUGGCUGAUUGGCUGGUGCCAUUUGGUUUUUGCCUACUGCGUAGCAAAUCGCCACAACUUGUAAGGUUGCGGUUAAAAAAUUGGUUGGUGGAGGGGUAAGGAUUGGCGGUGCCUGCCCCUCCAAUGCUGCUGCGGAAAGGGAAUUCUGUUAAAGGAAUCCAGGGGCUUGUCAUUCUUUUGUCCAUACCCCUGAAUGGGGCUUAGGGUCGUGCAAGCCCCCGGGAACAUGCGGGGGGGACGGGGACGAGGGUCUGGUGCCCGGCUCCAUGCUCUCCCCAAUAUUGUUUUCCCUUACUGGCUUUCGCUGGAAUUUGGAAAUCAGUUCUGUCCCUGGGCAUGGGGACAGAUAGUCACAACCAAUGCCUAAGCAACCACUCACAUUUAUGUUUUUUAAUAAAGUUGUGGCCAAAAUUAUGCCAAAAACCUUAAACAAAAAUUAUGUGUGAAUUGUGAAUUUUUUAGGGGUGGCUUGGGGGACCUCGACACGCAAAUUGUGGAGAGUAUUUCCACCUGUUUUGCACAAUGCUGUGCAUGGGUUUGAACACUCUUUAUUCAACAUCUCCCUCUCUUCUUGACUUUUCUCAUGUCAUGUUCUAAAUGUCCUUGUUUGUCUGGUGACCAACACAGUAAUUUCUUGUGAAUAUUCAUAAAGUGUAUACAAGUCAAUAGAAAGAGAGGCAUUUAUUAGUUGUAAAUUCUAGAACAGUAGCUCUUUUAGCCAAAUGAAAAAACAACAACAGACAAACAAAAAUGGUCCUGUGGCAAAUUGAUUGUGGCGUUUAAGCAAUUGCAUCAGGCCUACAUGAUAGAAAUAAACACACAUAAAUUUUUACAGUGCUCUUAUUCUGUCCCACUGUGAAUUUUGACAUCAGAAAAUCAACACUAGGACCUCUACUAGGCUGGCCUGUACUGGUUGUUUGAUUAUAUUUUUAUUACAAACAUCUGAUGGUUUCUCUAGUUGCUACAAGGCACCAUGCAUUAAAUCAUCUUGACUUUCAUGGUGCCUAUAACGGAGAAACUAUUCAGUUCCUUUCACACCUAGGCAACACUUCAGCUUCAUUCUGCUGCUUUUUGCUCUCGAUGAAAACCAGACUGAUUUUUCUGCAGUUUCAUGAAUCUCAACUAGUUCUUUUCAAAGCCCAGCUUUCUGAUUGGCUAUCCAUUUAUUCCAUGAUAAGUUGUUUCACAGAUCAAAGUAUGAAAACAGUAUUCUGCCUGUUUGUUUUAGACUUUAGGUUAAUGUGAGAGGGUCCUCCAUAUUUUCUGUGUGUUAGAGGAAAGGGUAGGAGGCAGCUGUUCUCUAUUCAUUCCUCCCCUCCAGACAGUUCAUGAAUAAAUGUUCUUUUCAAUGCAAUAUUUGGACUGUCUCUCAUUUUAUUUAUGUGGGAGCAAAAGGGUGGCGCAGUUUCCAUAGCAAUAAUCCAAAAUGGAAUUGGAACCUUUUGAGCAACUUGUGGAAUGCGGUUGUACAGGUGUUGCAACAGCUCUAAGUAUUUUAAUUACUAUGAAAAAUAGCAGUGCCAGAGCAGCUGCCAGUGAUUUAUAGAGUCUCUCCUGAUGGGACAAUGCUAUUUCUGUAAGGGUGGCAAUUCUUAAUGGGACGCAAAGUGUUUGGUAAAAUAAUUUAUAAUGAAUGACUGCUUUUGGACUUGGUUUUAAGUCAAGCCAGAAUACCUAAUAGCUGGAGUUAUGGAUGAGGACAAUGGACUCCAACCAAUGUUUAUGAAAGCUGAAUUGUAGGGUCCAGUACUACAGAGUGGCAAAAACAGCCCCACAGCUUGCCCUAAAUGGGGAUUUUGGGGACUGAGCCUCUGCAUUAUAGCCAAUUGCAGGUGGGAUAUAGUCAGACCUCUCUGGCAUGCAAGACCCCCUCAAACAUCAAUAGCAGACCAUAGCAUAUCACUAGAGUACAUAAUGUGCCAUGGCCUGAAAUCUUUGUACUGAGAGAUGAUUAAUCUUUACAUGGGAGGGGGAGGAAGCUGUGGCCCUUCAUAUUUUGCUCAACUACAACUCCCUGCUACAACUUAUGCUGGCCGAGGUUAUACACCAAACCUUAGUUUUGCAGUACAGUACAUCCAGGUCAGGUCAAAGCAAAGGACAAAUAAUAAAGUUAAAUUAACUAACAUCUUAUUAGGUUUUGAAUAAACCAUUGGUCUAAUCAUCAAAGAAAGAUACUUUCAACUUGUAACAAGUCUCAUUGAGACAAUUAAGCCUUUUUGCCUUCUUUUACAGCUGGCUUAUUGGUUUUUCCAUGUCUCUAGAGCAAGCAUCCCCUGCCCACCCCUUUUGUGGGCAGUACAGCUCCAUCCUUGCCCAGGAAUCUUUGCUCUUUCCUUUGACUCAUUCUGCCAUUAAGAAAAAGUACCAGUGAGCUAGACAAUGGCCAUUUUUUUCUUUUUUAUUGAAUGGGAAGUGUACUUGGAAGUUAGUGAAGAAUUCAUAAACAGUUCAGGGUGUGUGAUUGGAAGAAUGCCCUCAUAAUAGAUUUUGAUGGGUAAGAACAAAGAGAUCCGAGUUCCUGGUUUGAAAAACACCCAAAGUUUCAGCGGCUGUCAUUGGGACAUAAUGGGUCAUAAUAACGUCAACCUGUUGCUCACUUGUUGACACUUGUGCUGAUGCACUUUGCAGGUUGGCUUGCAAAGAAGCAUAGAGAUGUCUGUUCCCUUAAGGAAUGUUUGCUAACAAUGAGUUGCAAGAUAACUUCAUCCAUUUAGUAUUUGUUGGAAGCCAAGAUCCCCCCUUUUCUGUUUUCCUCAGGAUGCUUUGUGACGUCACCGCCUGCAGCUUGUUUUUCACUUCUUAUAACAUUGCUGGCCCUUUUCCAAAUUGUUUUCUCUUAUCUGUGCUUCCUGCACAGAGUGCAAACUCCAAUAAACACGACAGUUGUCUUCUGAAGCAGAGAGAUUCAAGUGCUACAAGAGCUCCUUGUGUUCUCUACUUAGUCCUUCCAUGGCGAUAGACCACUUGAUACUCUCAACACACUCUGUUUCUGAAGCACAUAGCCUUUUUAAAUCUGCCAGUGGUAUCUGAUCCAGCUUGCCAAACAAAACCUACAAGCCAUGUUUCAAUAUGGUUUCUAUAAAACUAAAUAAAAUAUUCAGUCAUUCUAGAGGUGAUCCUUCACUUUGAGGACAUAGAAAGGGGAGCUAUGCCUUCUCACUGUUAUUAUGUAAAUUCAGCAGUCAAUUUCUCCCACCUAAAGGUAAAGGGCCCCCUGACUGUUAGGUCCAGUCACCGACGACUCUGGGGUUGCGACGCUCAUCUCACUUUAUUGGCCGAGGUAGCUGGUGUGCAGCUUCUGGGUCAUGUGACCAGCACGACUAAGCUGCUUCUGGCAAAGCAGAGCAGUGCAUGGAAGCAUCGUUUACCUUCCCGCCAGAGCGGUACCUAUUUAUCUACUUGACGGGCUUUCGAACCGCUAGGUGGGCAGGAGCAGGGGACCAAGCAACGGGAGCUCACCCCGUCGUGGGUAUUUGAACCACCGACCUUCUGGUUGGCAAGCCCUAGGCUCUGUGGUUUAACCCACAGCGCCACCCAUGUCCCUUUCUCCUACCUAGUGAGAUUUUAAUUAAUGAUAUAAGUAUAUAUGUAGGUAAGACUCCCGAACGUUUCUGAUGAAGUCUUUGCCUCAGCACUAGCUAGGACUGCACAUUUAAGCAUGAGACAGAAGCAGCAAAGAGACUAAGUUCAUAAUUUGGGGUGGCUCUGAUUACCUUCAUGAACUGAGCCACAGACAGCUUCCGUUUAUUGCCUACAUGUGAUCAGUUGUAGUAGAAACAUCAAGGACUUCUGGUGCCAGGAUAUAGGGGCCAUUCAAACAAAGUAAUCCCAGUGUGCCCUGUUAACUUAAAAUAAGAGAGGUUUUUCAACACACUAUUAUGACCUAUCAUAGAAUUGUAGAGUUGGAAGGGUCAUCUAAUCCAACCCCCUGCAAUGCAGGAAUCUCAACUCAAGCAUCCAUGACAGAUGCCCAGCCAACCUCUGCUUGGAAACCUCCAAGGCAGGAGAGCCCACAAUCUCCCGGGGGAGGUCAUUCCACUGUCGAACAGCUCUCCCUGUCAGAAAGUUCUUCCUGAACCUUCUUGAGUUCUCCAUUCCAAGUAAGAGCAGUGGUGGGUCCUUGGGGGAGUAGGCCAUUUGCUGGUUUUGGGGUCCCACCAAAUUCUUAAUCUCUGCUACCAGGAGCAUCAUAGCCCAGAGAAGACAAGGUUUGGAGCCAAAGAUCAUCCAUGCACUCAGGGACAGCCAGGAGAAGAUCCUAUGGAAGCUGGCUGCAUGUAUGAAAAACCUCAAUAUUUUUUUGUGACCUGGCUGUGGAAUACCUGAGUUAGGCUGCUGAACUGGACACCUGAGACAUGUGGAAAGAUCAUUUUAUGACUCAGUGUCUAGUCCAUUCAAACCGGGUGAAUGACAUGAUAAUCUUGGGUGGACAUUGGAUGUGUUGGAUUGUUGUAGGCCCAGUCUUUCUUUAAAAAAACGAAACAAAACAGGAAGACCAUUUCAAGACAGGCUAGAGAUUCUUCCAUUCACAUACAGCACAUAAGAGUUAAAAAAAAUAUAUUCUUAAAGGUGUACUCCUGACAUAAAUUCAUCUCACUUUGGUGGGACUGCGUUCCAGCAAAACACUUUAAAACUGUUAAUCUGUAAUAAAUUGUAUAGACUGUAAAACAUUAGGCUGUAACACAUUAACUUCUCAGAGAUGAACUGUAUCUAUAAGGAAGGCCAAGAAACUUUUUGUUUCCCAAAACAUUCUUCAGGAGUUGCUUAAUGGCAAUAAAACCACUUCAAGGCCGGUUUAGACUGAUUUUUCUUGAGCCUGUUAUUUCUAAUGCUUUAUUUAGAUAUCCCAGCUAAAGUCCUUUGCGAUAAGAUCUGCUCACUCAUUUCAUCAUGUUUGCCUUGGGGGAAUAAAGAGAGACUCUGACUGACAUAACAACACUAUAAAGCAAACCUAUUUCAAUCCAAAAUUAAUUAGGGGUGGAGCAGCUGAGUAGGUCACCUCCUAUUUGCUCACUACAAAGCCAACAAUUAUAUACCGCAGGGCUCAGCAAAGAGAUUGUUUUUUUUAAGAAAUAAGUUGGCAUUAUUAAUUAUUACAUGGGUAUCUUGCUUUUCUCUCUCUCCAGGCAGCUCAAGGCUGUGUACAUAUACAAUUAUUACAUUUCCACAUGCCCUCACAAUAAACUUUGCUUGAGGUAGGUUAGGCUGAGAGAGAUAUUGAAAGGAUCAAGGUCACUCAAUGCAGGGAUUUGAAUCCAGGUCUUCCUGGCCAAGAGCCAACUGCCACAUCUCACUGGCUGUGGAGCCAGGCAAGAAUUCCAUAAUAUUGAUGGAGCACAAUCCUAUGCGUGCCUGUUUGUUUAGGAUUAAGUCCCAUUAAACUACAAUAUAAUAAUAAUACUAAUACUAAUACUAAUACUAAUACUAAUACUAAUACUAAUAAUAAUUUAUUUAUACCCCACCCAUCUGGCUGGGUUUCCCCAGCCACUCUGGGCGGCUUCCAACAAAAUAUUAAAAUGCAAUAGUCUGUUAAACAUUAAAAGCUUCCCUAAACAGGGCUGCCUUCAGAUGUCUUCUAAAAGUCUGGUAGUUGUUUAUUUCUUCGACAUCUGAUGGGAGGGCGUUCCACAGGGCGGGUGCCACUACCAAGAAGGCCCUCUGCCUGGUUCCCUGUAGCUUGGCUUCUCGCAGUGAGGGAACCGCCAGAAGGCCCUCAGAGCUGGACCUCAGUUUCCGGGCAGAACGAUGGGGGUGGAGACGCUCCUUCAGGUAUACUGCACUGAGGCCAUUUAGGACUUUAAAGGUCAGAGCCAACACUUUGAAUUGUGCCCAGAAAUGUACUGGGAGCCAAUGUAGGUCUUUCAAGACUGGUGUUAUGUGGUCUCGGCGGCUGCUCCCACCGAGUCACCAGUCUAGCUGCCACAUUCUGGAUUAGUUGUAGUUUCCGGGUCACCUUCAAAGGUAUCCCAACGUAGAGCGCAUUGCAGUAGUCCAAGCGAGAGAUAUGUAAACAUGUAUAGGAUUGCAGUCAAAGUGUGACCAUCACCAUGAAAUGAAUCAUAGUCUCUCUUUUUUUUUUUAAUGAUAUUUAUUAAAAUUUCAAAGAAUACAAGAAUUACACAAAAACAAAAAGUAAAAAUACAAGAAAAUACAAAAUACAGCAAGAAGAAUAAAAAAACCCUUAUUAAGGUAUAACAAAGAAAUGAAAAAUAAAAAGAAACAUACAAAAUAAAAACAGUUAACACAUUAAUUUUCCAUAGCAUAUCUUCCUUACACUUAUUUCUCCGGACCUCCUUGUACCUCCCUUUUUUGUAUUCGAGUUCAGUUUGUUAGUUCAGCAAAUCCUUACCAUUAAGCUUUUACCCUUUUGUAAACCUUCUUCCGUAUCUCUUAAAGCAUUACAGCUGGAAACCACUUAGUUUCUAUCCAACAUCCUUCUAAGAUUCAUUAAUUUUACAAUAUUUCUGUAAAUAGUCUUUAAAUUUCUUCCAGUCUUCUUUCACCGACUCUUCUCCCUGGUCUCGAAAAUGAAUCAUAGUCUCAAUCCAAUGCUGCCCUCUCUAUGUAUUUGUAAACAUAUAGAGCAUGAUAUUAUAAAGGUGAUAUUGGCAGGCUUUAGAAACUACUAUGCCACUCACAUGCCUCUGCAGAAAAAGCAGAGAAAUGUUUCUAGAAUGGAAAGUGAAGGUAGUUAUUACAGCAGUACCUUGGUUCUCAAACUUAAUCCGUUCCAGAAAUCCAUUCCAAAACCAAAGCGUUCCAAAACCAAGGGGUGCUUUCCCAUAGAAAGUAAUGCAAAAUGGAUGAAUCCAUUCCAAAUUUUUAAAAACAACCUGUAAAACAGCAAUUAAACAUGGGUUUUACGAUCUAACGAGACCACUGAUCCAUAAAAUGAAAGCAAUAAACAAUGUACUGCAGUCACACAAUCAGUCAAUCAGUAGCUGAACUGGGUUCCACACAGUCACAAAAAAAAGAGAGCCGCAAAAACUAAAACGCAAAAUAAAUAGCAGAAACAGACAGAGCUCAGCGUAACACUCCAAACAGAAGUGUGGCACUCAAAUCGGAAGCGUAACCUCAAAACGGAGCACAUUUGACUUCUGAAAAAGGUUCGCAAACCGGGACACUUGCUUCCGGGUUUGCAGUGUUUGGGUUCCAAGUUGUCUGAGUACCAAGGCAUUUGAGAACCAAGGUACCACUGUACUGAACACCGUCAUGUAUUCAAGAAAUGUUACCUACAAAACUCCAGUGUAUCACCUGUAGUUCCACACAGAACUGCUAAGCAUAGACAUAACAAGGCUGACAUCACUCUCUAUGGAAAAUGUUACGAAUACUCAGCACAUUAAACAAGAAUCAAAGCGAACAGAACCUGAUCUGUAACCGUGGAACUUACAGAGCAUUUGGCUUGCACAUUUGCAAACGAAGAAUGAAAACAGUUUAGCAUUUUGAACAAACCUUCAGCUGCACAGUGUUUGAUGGUAAAAAAAGAAAGAAAAGUUUUAUGACCUUUCAGACUGUGAAAUGCAUGUGUAUACUUAAGGCUCCAGGCUCCGCUAUGCGAAUUAAUGUAAAAUGAUUUAUUUUGCCAUUGGGGGUCAAGAGAUGAAACUUCGAAGCAAAUUCUUAGUUUAAUAUCAUGCAGAGCAAUUGCUUAAGUAAUAUAAAAGAUCUCGGUUCAGCAACUGUGGACAUGGUACAGUAUCAUUUGACCAAUCCUAGCAGUACCAUUGAGAAAAAGAUUUGCUGUUCUUUCCUUCUCUUACCUUUGAGGCUGAGUAAAAUGCUAAGUAGCUGGAUCCCAGCAUCUGACAAAGGAAUAUGUGGACAUACCUGUGUAUAUUUUGCAGGUGAAACCAACAUACAGUGGUACCUUGGGUUAAGUAGCUAAUUCGUUCUGGAGGUCCGUUCUUAACCUGAAACUGUUCUUAACCUGAAGCACCACUUUAGCUAAUGGGGCCUCCUGCUGCCACCGCGCCGCCAGAGCACGAUUUCUGUUCUCAUCCUGAAGCAAAGUUCUUAACCCGAGGUACUAUUUCUGGGUUAGCGGAGUCUGUAACCUGAAGCAUAUGUAACCCGAGGUACCACUGUACUGUAAUAGAAUCUAGCUAAAACUUAUGAGAACAUUGUUUGUUAGACUUUCUCUGAACAUUGUGUUGCCAAGAAAUGCAGGAACUUUUUUGGCAGAAAUAUAUUAAUCAGACCUCAUUGAGAAUGUGUUCAGAAAUAUUAAAAUGACAGAUGGAUGAAGAGUCAGAUAAGGACAAGGGGUUUCAGCAUCGGUUCAGGACAAGUAAUUGAGAUUUUCUUCAUGGUGAAUGCUUCUCCUUAAAUUUUGCACUUCUUUCCUGCCUGGGAAAGCUGAGUUCUAUGGCUUGGAAGAAAGUGCAUUGCGUGUGCCGCCCUGAAAAGAGCGAAGUGGAACACUGCAUCCAUUGUGACAGCUUUGGGAAAGGACAGCAGCAGGAAGAGAUGUCAGAAGGACAGAAUGGAUAGGAUGGGAAGCCGUAAGUCAUUAGAAUACAGAUGGGGUGGGAUGGAAACAUUCAUGCUGAGAUGUUCCAGCAAUUUGUCUGAAUGGGAUGACCCAACUGGAAGCUGUACAAGAGGAAUAUACAAAUACACCCCCACCCAUGCUAUUGUAAUACUCAAAUACGGAUAAGUAAAAUGUAGUUCUAACACCAUGAGUAGUAUAGUAAAAUAAUCCUUGUGGGUUUUGUUUUCUUUUUGUUUUUCUGAGCAACUGUAAAACUGCCCAGGAAAUUUUUGAUUGAACAAAUGCUUUGAAUAAAUAAAUAUACUGCAAGCAUAUUAUGCAAGCAGUUUACUGUUAGCAGUGUGUUAUGCAUACUGUUUCUAUAGUUUAUGCUUUGCCUUAAAACUUUCAAUUUCCAUUAGCUCCCAAACAAAACUGCUGUGUCUGAGAUAUCCACUGCCUUCCUCUCUUCCUAAGCCAUGAUUAUCUAGCCCAGAAAGAGUCGGCUGGGCAGUCCAUGUGACACAUUCCCUUUCUUCAGCCCCCUUCGCCCAAUCCCUGAUGGGAAGGACCUGUAAGGCGCCAUUUCUCUCUUGCAGUGUCUUCUCUCUCUUCCAGGGUGACCUCUUUCAUGAGUUGGGAGGGUGACACGCACCCACCAGGUGAAAGCGGCACUCUGGGAACUGCUUUUGGUCCAGGCAACCCUGCCUCCUCUGUGAUUUUCUUUUUUUUAAAAAAGAUAUUUAUUAAAGUUUCAGCAUAUUACAAAAAUAAGAGAAAAAAGGUAAAAGAAAACAAAAAAACAAAAAUGAAAAUACAAAGUAAAAACAGUUAAAAACAAAUCAAUCUUUCCAUAUCUUAUCAUUCAUUUGCUUGUUUCCCUGACCUCCUCACACCUCCCUUUUUUGUAUUCCAGUUCAAUUAGUUAGUUCAGCAAUUCCUUUCCCUCUUUGAUUUUAUCUUAAUCUUUUAUCUUAGUAUAUUAUAAAUUUAGAUUAUCACCUGUUAACAAUCCAUUUUUACAUAUUCCUUUAUAACAUUGCUGCUAAAAACCACUUAACUUCAAUCCAACAUCAUUCUAACAUUCAUUAAUUUUGCAAUAUUUCUGUAGAUAGUCUUUAAAUUUCUUCCAAUCUUCUUCCACCGACUCUUCUCCCUGGUCUCGGAUUCUGCCAGUCAUUUCCGCCACUUCCAUAUAGUCGCCUCCUCUGUGAUUCUCCUUGGGAGAGGAUGCUUGGCAGUUUGAAAGGAAGAUAAAAGAAUUUCUCUCCAGACAGGUAGUUGUGAUAUUGGAGAUCAGUGCAGAAACUAGUGCAUCAUUACAAAAUUCUCUCUGGCAGUGGGGUGCCCAUGGGCUGCAUAAGAAGUAGUAGUAGUAUCUUGGGCACUGCUUUGACAUUUGCUUGCACCUCUCUUACCUGGGUCUGGAAGUGGUGUGGCUGUUCCAAAAGCUGGUUGCAAGCUUGCCCUGUGAAAAUGAAACCUGCAUCUUCUGCUUGGCUUGCAGGGCAGAGAGCAAAACAGAGAGUAAGGCCAUGCGCUGAAAAUGGCACCAGUGAAUGUGUGCAGUGCAUCUCUGUUCUGAAUGUUUAAAGGUAAAGGUAAAGGGACCCCUGACCAUUAGGUCCAGUCGUGGCCAACUCUGGGGUUGCGGUGAUCAUCUCGCUUUAUUGGCCGAGGGAGCCGGCGUACAGCUUCCGGGUCAUGUGGCUAGCAUGACUAAGCCGCUCCUGGCGAACCAGAGCAGUGCACAGAAAUGCCGUUUACCUUCCCGCCGGAGCAGUACCUAUUUAUCUACUUGCACUUUGACAUGCUUUCGAACUGCUAGGUUGGCAGGAGCUGGGACUGAGCAACGGGAGCUCACCCCGUCGUGGGGAUUCGAGCCUUCUCAUCGGCAAGUCCUAGGCUCUGUGGUUUAAUCCACAGCGCCACCCGUGUCCCUCUGAAUGUUUAGGCUGGUUGAAAUUCAAUAGGUUAUGGCAAAGGUUUUCAACCUAUUUGGGUCCAUGGUUCCCUUAACCAACUGCAUUCUUUCUGCUGACCCCUGUGGGGCUCAGGAAUGCAGUUAUGUCUCCUCUUGCCUGCAGACCCAGCAGCCCCUCACCCCUUUUCAAACACUCUCCCUUGUUGAGUGUUCCCUUGGCCUCCUCUCCAAUCCCCUCUCCUUGGGGGGUCCUCUGGGCAGCUGCAGCUGCUGUCCCUGGUCUCUGAGCUGCCCCCUGUCUCCUCACUGCCCCGCAGGGGCCUGGGAAGCACCCCCUAGCCAGCCCCAGAUGCAUCAGUGACCUGGGGAGCUUGUAGCCAGGGCUGCUGCAACAAACAGCUGUGCAAGCCUUUGGGAGGCAGAGACCUGAGAGAGCAUCAAAGGAAGGAAGGGGAUGGAAGAGGGGCAGAGGCCAGUGUUGCCUGUGGCACCCCUGACCAUCAUUCAAGGCACCCCAGGGUGCCACACCACACUGGUUGAAAACCACUGGGCUAUGGGGAUGUCAUUGGACCAGACCCAUGAUCUAUUUGUAAUAAGUCUCAUUUGGUAGGACAGCUGUGCCUUGCAAGGGAAGAGGGGGAAGUGUUGGUGUAGCAAAAAAAUACAACUGGGUUUGCAUUGAGACCAGACGGUUGUAGAGUCUGGGGUUGUGCCAAAUUUUCAUGGCUGUUUUUGGUGGGGGAAGGGGAGUCUGCCUCCUCGUAUGUUCUCUGAAAGCCUCCUUUUUCAAUCAACAAACUUGGCAUUCUCCUGUUCAUUGCUGUUCAAUGCCACUUUGGCUCACCUCGCCCCUGAAAUCUUCUUGCUAUGUGAUCCAACCAAUCAGGGGUCAAGGCAUCAGAAUCAUGAUGUCACAGCUGCACAUGGCUGCUCAGGUUUGACUAAGGCGUCACAGGGACAAAUCGGAGGGAAAGCACUGCUUCCUGCCUUCGCUCUGAAUGGGAAUACAUUUCUUUUUAUCAGUUUCAAUCCCUCUACCCCCUUUCAAAUGAUCACUGAAAUUUGACACAUAUAUUUGUGUGAGUUUUUGCACUGGGAAAAUUCCAGAGAGAGAGAGGGAGAGAGAGAGGAGAGAGAGAUGCAUGUUGGAUUCAGCUCGGCCCUGGUCCAGUCCUAUUUCAUCUUUUGUGGUGUAAGAAGAGUCUUGGAGACUAGUUCUAGGGCAGUUUUAAUCAGAAGCAGUAGAAACAUUGAAACUUUCCUUUGGGAGAGUCACAUGUUCAAGCAGAGCCUGACACAAAACAAACACAGAUUAUUUUAAUUGUCUGCCUCCUAAAAGGCUGGCAUGUUGUAUAUUUUUAGAGAGCCAAAUUUAUUUAUUUAUUUCAAACACUUGUCUGUCUCAUCCUCUGUCGUGCUGAUGCUUGAAGUGUUGCCCAAAAUACAUAACUACAAAAUCAAUUAAAACUCAAUUCAUGUUUCGUUUUGUUUUGAAGGGGGGGGGGAGCAUAAAGCAUACACAUUUUUUAAAAAAUAAACAACAACAAACCAAAACAAAACCUGAAGCAAAAAAACAAAAACAAAAAAAACCAGCAAAAGUUAAAACAUACGAAAUCAACCAGAACAUCAGAACCAAAUUUAGGGAGAAGAUCCCAUUUUCAGGAAAACAGUUAGGAGGAUUUAGCAAAGCCACAACAAUGAUUCAGAGUUGAACUGACCUUUUUACAUGCAACUUUCUCUGUCUGUCUCUCUGUCUCUCUCAGUUUUGUUUUGCUUUCUUGGAAGUAUCUAACACUUUAAUGCGGAAGCACAAGUCUGAAUGGCUGCCAGGGUUAUUGUGAAGAGCCUGUUUGUCCUAAAUGCUCAAUGAGCUGUGGGAGCCAAGGUUGCUUAGCACCCCAUAGAAUCAAGACCUCAAAGAUAAAAAGGCUAGCUUGAGCUGUAGCUUUCUGGGGUGUGGUGUGGACAUAAAUAAGAAAAUUAAGGAGAGCGCAGUUUUGUUCCACUUCAGUAAUUGCCGUGGCUCCUUAGCUAGCGAGCUCUAGCUGGUACUUGGUGGAUGCAGCAGCCCUCUUGGCCAACAAACCGGUGAGUGUAUUGGGGACCCCCAGAACUGAGAUACAAGAGGCUUCAUUGAAACGGCAGGCUUUGUAGCUGGGCGGAAUUAAGGUUUUAGACACCUUUGUGAAUUUUGCACUAAUGAGAUUGGGAAAAACUGCCCAUAUGGAUUAAUUCUUCCCGCAAUAACCAAAAGCCAAGGGAGAAAAAAAUUGGGAUUGAGUACGUUUUAUGUGAUGCCAUUUUGUCCAGGUUUGUAACUCUUUCAGCACCUGAGCUCCGUUAGCUGCCAUGUGUGCAGAUGAUAAUGAUAUAUUUGUUUUGCACAUGAUAAGAGAGUGCGGGGACAGAUAAAGUGGGGCUUGGAAUCACAUGCUGCUCCUAAACCAUUCAAGGGAUUGCUCCUGAGUGGAGAGAAAGCUUUCAAUGUCAAGUCAGGACUGCUCUCACUAGUCUCCAACUGCAGGUGCUCCAAAGAGGAGAAAACUGCAUUGGGAACAACUUGGUCCACAGAAGCACAACAUGUGCUUCUUGGGGAUCACAGGCUGGUAGACUGGGAGAAGGAAGAGGAAAUGGGGACUGGAAAUCUUGGAGAAGAGCCACAGUGGUGCAGAGGUGCCAUUGUGGAAGGACGGAGAAGAAGCGUGACAUUUCACAGACUUGUGGAAUUGUAGAGUUGGAAGGGACCCUGUGGAUCAUCUAGUCCAACCCCCUGCAAUAGAGGAAUAUGCAGCUGCCCCAUAAAGGGAUUGAACUUGCAACCAUGGCAUUAUCAGCACCACACUCUAAGCAACUGAGCUAUUUGUGGACAGGUACCUGAUGACGCGGGUGGCACUGUGGGUUAAACCACAGAGCCUAGGACUUGCCGAUCAGAAGGUUGGCGGUUCGAAUCCCCGUGACGGGGUGAGCUCCCAUUGUUCGGUCCCUGCUCCUGCCAACCUAGCAGUUUGAAAGCACGUCAAAGUGCAAGUAGAUAAAUAGGUACCUCUCCGGCAGGAAGGCAAACGGCGUUUCCAUGCACUGCUCUGGUUCGCCAGAAGCGGCUUAGUCAUGCUGGCCACAUGACCUGGAAGCUGUAUGCCGGCUCCCUCGGCCAGUAAAGCACCGCAACCCCAGAGUCAGCCAUGACUGGACCUGAUGGUCAGGGGUCCCUUUACCUGGUGACAAUAGAUGUGUUGUGGUAGCAAGGAGAUUCAGAUCAGAAUCUUGGACCUUCUGAGAGUGGUCCCUUGUACCAGUGCUCUUCUGCUGGGCUUAGUUAUCCUCUUGAGCUCAACUUGCUAUUAUUUGUUCUUCUUCUCUUUGCUCUGCCUCACCCAGUUAUUGUGACAGAGCUCCUCCUUGAUUGCCUUUAUCAUGCAACAAGUCAGAGUAGAGCCUGUGACUUAAUCUUCUUGAUCUCUUUCUCCACACUUUCGUUCCCUGAACCUUUUACCAGCUUCCACGGCCUGCCCAUUCCUCUCUUCACUGGAUUCUGUCCUCGGCCUACCAUUUGACCUCUGAAUUUCGUUUCACCCCUUCUAUCCAGAAAGCUCAACUGUCCUCCCCACACUGCCCCAAUCCCCAAUUACAUGACAUUGCAUCUCUUGGCCCGAUGAACAUGUUAAGUCACAGGCUCACAGUGUGCCUCUAUUGGCUAAUUUUUGGAUGCCUGGUCUUUCCAGUAUACUGCUUCCACCAUUAUUUAUAGCAUGCUGUUAGUGCUUUUGUACUAGGUUAGUCUUCCUAUGUCACAAAACAGCUUUUAUAUCUACAGUGAUGCCCCUUAGCAUUUCCUGUUAUUGUCUGAAUAAACUUGUUUUGUUUUGUUCCUUCCACUGUGAGGACUUACAAACUUUCACAUGCUUACAGCCUGCUCUUAUAUCUCUGAAUCAGGGCACUGUGUGCAUAAUCUUGAGAGUGUAGGGCAGACAAUUGGAAGGGGGAGAAAAGAGUUCAGAUGUAAGUUCUAGGAAGAACUAAUUACAGUGGAAUUUCCCAAACAUGUAACUGGUGCCUACUGACAUUUUAGUAAUAAGAACAUGAAAAUAGGAUCCACAUUAAUUCCAGCUCACACUCUUGAGCAUCUUAGAGAACAUUGAUUACAUUUCCCUCAUCUCUAACCUGAUCCAAACAUCACUACAACAUGCUCAUAUGCUUUUUUUAUAUAAAAAAAGCGGAGGGGGAGGAGAGAAGAAACUUCAAUGGCUUGUGGCAUUUUGAAGGGAAAGUUUUCUAGCAUCAAUGGAAUAAUCUGCGUAGAGUGUGUCACAUAUAUCCAGUGCUUUUUUUCUAAAAAAAAACAUGUUUAAGAAUACUCUCAUUUUGACUCAAGAAAAUCACCACUUUAUAGUUCAAAUCGGGGAAAAUAAAUACAGUAAAUGGACAAAAGAUUCACAAAAUGUUUAGGGGUAUGUGUCUCCCUGCGUCCCCCCCCCAGAAAAAAGCACUGCAUAUAUCUUUUAUAUAAAAUAACUUUCUGCCAUACUAAUGUAAUGGGAAUUUUGACAUUUCCGAAACACUACCAUUGAUUUUAUAUUUUUAUAUAUUUAUCUGUUCACCAGCAAAGAACUCUCCUUUUGUACUAGCAAUUAUGAAGCUUUGUUUUGCCUCCUCCUGAAGCCUCCUUAUUUGCUCUGAGUUGUUCUAUUAAACGAUAACUUUCCAGCAGCUCCUAUAUGGUACCUUCGUUGCUUCUACUCAUGCCUAUGAAACACACUUUCAUUGGGAUGAUAGGAGUUCAUCUGUAGGAGAGGGGUCAUUUUGCAUGGCUGCUAUGACAAUGCUGGCUCAUUAAGAUCCCACUUUGGGGUAAAGGUUAUCUUAGAUUAUCUAUAGGGUUCUACACCAUUGUUCUGUGAUGAUUCUCAGUUUGGCAGAUGUUGCAUACUUUAUAGAAUGCAUCUCGUUGUUUUUAAUGCGAGCUUCCUUGGGAACAUAUAUAUCCAGAAAAGCCGUAUACAGUUUCUGAAAUUAAUAAAUAUGCCAGAAUGAAUCAUUUCUACAGAACAAAAAAUUCCUGAUCUGCUUAGAAAGAAUUGCCCCACCUGAUUGGGGCUGCCAGUUUUAACAUCACUUGCUUGUGGGUUGAUGAGCAGAAUGACCUCUCAAGUUGCAUUGUCAGUACAGAGAGUGGCAAUUGCUUGUUCAGUGACAGUGUGUGUGUGGUCUUGAUUCAGCAGGCAACCCCACAAAUUGGAUAUGAAGGUUUGUUGGGUUUUAUAUUUAAAAAGUUAACAACAAGAAGACAAAAAACUGAUGUCCAUUAGACACAUCCCUGUUGGUCUCAUUCCGUAAUCUCAUGAAUCUUUCAUUACAUAAUGGAAAUUAUAGCCUCCUCUAAGUUAUAUUUCUUUCCAAAAAUAACAUCCUGAAAUGACACCCAUGCCUCUGCUAGUGCUGGAAGUAAAUCUUUCACAAAAUGGGCAGAAUUUUAAAAAAUGAAUGAAAUUUUAAACAAUUUAGAAUAUGUUCUAAAAAAAUCUUACAUGUUGUAUUAGUUUUUUUCAACAAAAGCCAAAAUCUUGUUUUUUUGCUGUUGUGAUGAUAAUGAUGAUGGAAUAAAGGUAAAGGUAAAGGUACCCCUGCCCGUAUGGGCCAGUCUUGACAGACUCUAGGGUUGCGCGCCCAUCUCACUCAAGAGGCCGGGGGCCAGCGCUGUCCGGAGACACUUCCAGGUCACAUGGCCAGCGUGACAAAGCUGCAUCUGGCGAGCCAGCGCAGCACACGGAAACGCCGUUUACCUUCCCGCCAGUAAGUGAUCCCUAUUUAUCUACUUGCACCCGAGGGUGCUUUCGAACUGCUAGGUUGGCAGGCGCUGGGACCGAGCAACGGGAGCUCACCCCGCCGCGGGGAUUCGAACCGCCAACCUUUCGAUUGGCAAGCCCUAGGCACUGAGGCUUUUACCCACAGCGCCACCCGCGUCCCAAUGAUGGAAUAGGACGUCCCUAUUUUCAUUGGAGAAAUGUUGGAGGGUAUGCUGUUCAAGAUUGGCCAGGACCCUGAAAAGGAACCAUCCUCUUAGAAGUCAUUUUCCUGCAGCAGGAAAUACCCUCUGUCCCAAACAAUGGAGUGCCUAUUGUAUACAUGUUCUGAAUAGCUAAUACCCAAUGCAUGCAUUUUCUAACUUAUAGAAAUGCAAGUCUUGAAAUGACCAAUUAGCAGUUUCGGUUAUACAAACACACUACGAGACAAAUGCCUUUCAGCUGCUAUGCCCAUUCACUGUUGAAUCAGCUAAGCACUGCUGGUUGAAAUGUCAACAAAACAGCCUAUUAAUUAUAAUUUUUAAAACUACUUGAGAGUUCAGGCCACAUUAACAGAAAGUGAUCAAACCUGAUUCUCUGUUUGUUGGUGAGAUGCCUUUUACCUGUUAUUCAAUGUGCUGUUAUAUUACAUCAUGUCUUGCUUAGAACUGUAAGAAACUCAUUUACUCUUCUCUGCCAGCAAGAGCUGGAAGUGAGGAUUGGCGUUUUCUGUGUUCCAAAAGCUGCAUGUAACCCAUGAGGUUCCUUGGGAAAAGAAAUCUGGAGAGAAACAGUCAAGUUCUCUACUUCUGGCAAAGGGGCGAAAAUGUACAUAUAUUGAUUAGACAUACAGUAGUACCUCGGGUGUAGGGACGCGGGUGGCGCUGUGGGUAAAACCUCAGCGCCUAGGACUUGCCGAUCGUAUGGUUGGCGGUUCGAAUCCCCGCGGCGGGGUGAGCUCCUGUCAUUCGGUCCCAGCUCCUGCCCACCUAGCAGUUCGAAAGCACUCUUAAGUGCAAGUAGAUAAAUAGGUACCGCUUUCUAGCGGGAAGGUAAAUGGCGUUUCCGUGUGCUGUGCUGGUGCAGGCUCGCCAGAGCAGCUUCGUCACGCUGGCCACGUGACCCAGAAGUGUCUCCGGACAGCGCUGGCCCCUGGCCUCUUAAGCGAGAUGGGCGCGCAACCCCAGAGUCGGUCACGACUGGCCCAUACGGGCAGGGGUACCUUUACCUUUACCUAGUACCUCGUACCUCGGGUUACAUAUGCUUCAGGUUACAUAUGCUUCAUGUUACAGAAUCCGCUAACCCAGAAAUAGUACCUUGGGUUAAGAACUUUGCGUCAGGAUGAGAACAGAAAUUGUGCUCCGGUGGUGCGGCAGCAGCAGGAGGCCCCAUUAGCUAAAGGCCCCCUUAAGAACAGUUUCAGGUUAAGAAUGGACCUCCAGAAGGAAUUAAGUACUUAACCCGAGGUACCACUGUAUAGUAUUUGGUUGUGUGAACUCAUGAUUUGGUUAAGGGUUGAUGAGGCCUACAGGUGGUGUGGCAUAAGAGUCACUCACACAGAUAGGGCAGGAUAAAUUUUUAGGAAACAGUGUUUCCGACUCUUGGUAUUGACAAAAUCCUGAAAAUAUAAUGAUGAUCAGAAUAUCUACCUAAUAGAUAUCUAGAUGUGGUGGAGAGGAACUUUAGCUAUGAAGCUCCUUAGGGGAUCAUGGGCCAAUCACUUUGUCUCAAGGUAGCUUACCUCACAAGGUGAUUUAUACCCUGCUCUGUUGUUUUGUUCCAGGGGAUUAGCCCCAUGUCCCUUAAAAGGUUUUAAAAGUAGCCACAUAAUGGCUCCAGGAAUAAAUAAUAGAGUGCUGAAAACAACAUUAAAAUACUGAGUUUAGCAUCAACAAUAAAAUAUAUUGAACUCCUUAGAGAAUGGAGGACACACAUAAUGCUGAUUUUUUUUUAACAAAUGCACACAUAAACACACAUUUCUGGAUUUAGUGUAUCUUUUAAUACUGGGAGACAUCAUAAACUUUUUUAUGGGUGCAGAUCUGAGAUAGCGCAAGUGAUCUUAAUCAAAUCAAAUUUGGGAUGGAAUCCUAAACCUAUCUGCAAGGGAGCAAGCACCAUUUAAUUCAGUAGGAUUUUGCAAGUAAAGAUGCUUAGGAUCAUAUGCUGUUCAGUCUCCACUUCUGACCUUAAUGCAGAAAUUGGUAGCUACAUCUUCAUGUCCCAUCUAAUUUAGGAGGUCAAAUCAGUUGAGAGCAAUGGUCCCUUCUGCCUUUGGAGGCUAUGGAUCUGACUGCCAAAGGAACCAGCUGCAGUCAACUUCUGUGCACUCCCCCAUCCUUCUGUCAAUCAUCAUUGGCCAAGUACCACCUCUUCCUUUUUUUUAAACAGGAUCUGGUUUCAGUUAGAUGAAUUAAAUGUUACUGUAGGCUGUUCUAGUGUGGAUGACAGCACCGUUGCAUGACAUUCAAGUCUGCAUAACAGCCUCCUGCUCUGUGCUAUUUAUGUCUUUCUUUCAAAUGUUUAAUAAACACUUUUAUAUUGACAUAUUAAGGCGUCUCUAUUGAGACCAAUCCAAGUAGUAUUUUGCUCCUACUAAACAUAGAUUCCAGCUCAUUUCAAGCAUAUUUAUAUUCCCAUGUUCAAACUAUUGUACUUUACUUUGAUCUAUUUUUAAAGCACAGAAGAAUAAGGCAAAAUUUCAAAAUGAAGGGGCAACUGAGUUCUCUGUUUCCUUUCCCCAAAUCUCCCCACUGGUUCUUGAAGUUGUUGUUUAUACAAGCAAUAUAAGGACCUCCUUACAUGGAAGGAAUUACUCAACUGGUCCAUACAUGUAUGGAGAAGAGAGCAACAAAAACUCACUAUAGAAGGAUAUAGGGUGCAAACCAUUUUUACAUUCCACUAACUUUCAAGUAUGUUAUUGUCUAAUAUUCUGUUGGGAGCUGCCCAGAGUGGCUGGGGAAACCAGCCAGAUGGGUGGGGUAUAAUUGUUGUUGUUGUUAUUAUUAUUAUUAUUAUUAUUAUUAAUCUCACUUGUUUUGCUUUCUACAAAAUCUAGCAUUCUUGUGUGGGCUUCUUUCCUAAUCUUAAUUUUUUAAAAAAAUUAUCUAUAUUCCCAAUGCAAGAAUAGCACGAUUACACUCCUAGUUUCCAAUGGAAAAAAAGUACUAAGGUUUAUUUAAAGCUGUGUACACACCAUACAUAUGCCACAGUGUAUACAAAGUCCUACUGCAAAGGAAGGCAGGGAGGAAAAAACAUGUGUUGCAACAAUUCAUUUCCAAUGUUACUGUAGCUCUCCAUGUAAAGCCACCAUAUCGUUACAUGGUGACAAGGCCACAGCUGUCAGAUUGUUUUCAACCAGAAUCUGUACUGGGUAAACGGUGGGUGGUGCAAGUGGUAUGUAUUUCAUUCAUGAGCAUCUAUGGUAUCGGUAUCUUCCAUCAUCUAUAUUUCCAUUCAUGAGCAUCUAUAUUUUUGUUAGAUAUGAACCGUUGGUUCCAUAGUUAUUAGAUUUCCAAUAACCGGAAUGCAUCCAGUGAAUCUUGCAUAGCAAGGUGGUCAUCUGGGACAGCAGUGGCAAACAAUAUGCAUUUAAAAAUGAAAAUUAAGAUUAUGCACGGAGAUAAAAGGCUUUGCCAAGAGGAGUGUCUAGGCAGAGCAGCAAGUGAAGAUGGAAACACAGGAGAGACACAUCUGUCAAGGAUGCUUUACAUCGGGGUGGGGAAUCUCUAGGUCUCUCUGGCCCUUGGGACUUUCUCCAGGCUAUGCCCCCUCCCAGACCACACUCUCUCUUUCAAGGCCACAGCCUUUGCCUCACACUUUCUUGAGUGGUUGCCUGGCUCGAAUGUGUCAUUGAAUUUUGAUAAUGCGUCUUGCUUGAUUGUUGGAGGAUAGACAGGGGAGUCGCCAUGUGUGUCGAAACUAGCCUACAGUACAAAAGUAAAAUUUAUAUUCAUUGCCUCUGGCCUCACCCCCCAUUGGCAUGUGGUCGCUAUAAGGUUUCCCACAAGGGAAAGUGGUCCUUUGACUGGAAAAGUUUCCCUAAACCUAUCUUAGAUAAUCAAUCGAUGUAACACAUAGGCUAUGAAAUUGUGUUCUGUGUUGAGUAGAGAUGUCUAUCUCAGUGCAGAAGUUCACGUUUAGUGGCUUUUCUAGCUCUGUGAUUUUUAUAUCCGUUCAUCUUAGGCAUGUAAACUGUUGCAUGAAUUCAGAGCUAGAUGAGCAGAACUUUGUUCAAGCAACAGGGGACCUCCCAAAAAUCCAUCUCAGAGGGUUGAUGGAGUCUCUGGAAUAGCAUGUGAUGGGGAUAGAGGACUUCAGUGCAAAACAUCUCUGAAUUCAAGUCUGCAUAUUUCCCCUCUCCAUAAGUUCAAGGUGUCAUUUACUAAAACCAAAUGCAAUGACCAAAAGGGACAAAGCGAUAGAUCCAGUCUUGUUGAAUCACCACCCCUCAUAAAAAUCAAUGCUACCAAAUGCCAUUUCAAAGAGAUACAUUUCCCAAAGGCCAGGGGAAAUUCCACAAUUUGAACAUUGUCAUUCUAGUGUAGACUUUUACAGCUAAUAUGAAUCCCACUGGAAGUAAACAUUGACCAACUGGGUGCAAAGCCUGAGACUUCUAAGUUCAUUGGGCACCCUCAGAAGAGGAAGGAGCCCAUUUAAGUCAAUGGACCCUAAGGGCACUGAGCUCUUAGGUCCACUGAUCUCAAUGGGAUGUCAGCAGGACCCAUGAAAGCAAAAGUUUAUCUCCUCACACAUAGAGUGUGUAUCUGUGUAUACAUACCUGAAGCCUUUGGAGCACAGCCUCUGGUUCCAUGGAGACCUGGGGAAGUGAAAACUAAAUUCACAUUCACAUAUAGCCAAUCAGAGAAAGGGCUUCAUUUGAGAUGCUGCCUGCUGAAACAAAUUUAUUUUUCUUGAAAAUGAGUAACCAGUGGAUGGUCCGAUUUCAAAACAGGUCAAAAUGUUCCAGCUCUUCACAUUUCUUAGUCUCAGAACAGAAAGUCUCGCAAGGUUACACAACUUCACUGGGAAAGGAUGAAACAAAAAACAAAAAGCACUACAGCUCAUUCCAAACCCUCACUGAUGAGUAGUGCGAAAGUGUGAUGCGACUACUAAACCAAAGCUUGAGUCGAAUUCAUUGCAUGCUUUGGAGAUUACAGAGGGAAUGCCCCCCCAUUUCAAGCAAAGUCCCAGGCUGUUUUCUUUUUUUUAUUUAUUUAAUCAGAUUCUCAGAACAGAAAUACUUUGGAACAUAGGUUUCGUGCUGCUUUCUUCACUUUUUCCCUAUGACCAGAUUCUUGAAAAAUUCAAAUUUCCCACUUUCUGCGGUGACUAGACAAUGGCAUCACAAUGGCUCUUUACAGGAACUGCAGGUCUGUGUCAAUGACAAUGCUUCCACGACCAAGACAUGUUUCUGUUUUCAAGACAGCACAGCAGCUUGGUUUUACACAGACUCUCCCAAUUCUAAACUGGUGAUCUGAGGGCAACAUCUUAGUGCUGCUGCAGACCCUACAGCAGCACCCAGGUCAAGAUCAGAGUGGAAGAGAAUGGCAAACAAAAUUUCCUGUUCAGUUAGAUCAUGGAUGGAGAAGCCAAUGUCCUUCAACUCUCAGUGCACCCAGAGCAGUCAUUUCAUGUCUAUGCCACAAACAACAAAUCGUCACGAGCCUUCCCUUCAUGUAGUCUUUCUCCUUUCAGAACAGAGGACUCAAUUUCAGUAGACAGUUCUCUUGUUUGAAGGGGCUGUCUGGCCCAAAUCCAGUUUAAAGAACCGUAAGAAGGGAGGGCAGGGAUCACGGUGUGAUCCACCUGUCGUAUGCAGGUACACAGGGUGCGUGUUCACAGUCCUCCUUACUGCAUUUCUCUUUUCUCUUUCAUGUUUUAUUUUGCAAUUUUAUGUUGCGAACUGCCCUGUGAUCUUUGGGUGAAGGGCAGUAUGCAAACAACACCACCACCAAAAAUAUUUAAAUCCUUACGAUUGUUUCUAAACUUGCAUCUAUACCAGUGCCGGAUUUACGUGUAAGCUAAACAAGCUAUAGCUUAGGGCCGCACUCUCUUGGGGGCCCCCAAAAAAAUUAAAGGGAAAAAACCCCUGGAUGUACAUUUCCAAAAUACAGUGGUACCUCGGGUUAAGUACUUAAUUUGUUCCGGAGGUCCGUUCUUAACCUGAAACUGUUCUUAACCUGAAGCACUACUUUAGCUAAUGGGGCCUCCUGCUGCUGCCGCGCCGCCGGAGCACAAUUUCUGUUCUCAUCCUGAAGCAAAGUUCUUAACUGGAAGCACUAUUUCUGGGUUAGUGGAGUCUGUAACCUGAAGUGUAUGUAACCUGAGGUACCACUGUAUUAGAUAAUAAACAAAUAAAAUGAAACCUACGUACAGCAACAAUGGCAAAUGGCUUUACAUACAUAUUAGGUCCAUUAAUUAACAUAUAGCAUCUAUUCAACACAAAAAACAGUGACAAUUUUUUUUGUAGACAAAGGACAGCUGGACAUAUAAAGGGUCCCAUUACCUUAAGUAGUUUAGGGCCUCAUCAAACCUAAAUCUGGCCCUGAUCUAUACAUAUCAAUCAGCAUAUGCAUAUGUUUUGCGAAUGCCAUAGAAUCCAUCAUAGAAUCUUAGAGUUGGAAGGGACCCCGAGGGUCAUCUAGUCUAACCCCCUGCAAUGCAGGAAUCUUAGCUAAAGAAUCUAUGACAGAUGAGCAUCCAACCUCUGCUUAGAAACCUCCAAGGAAGGAGAGUCCACAACUUCCCAAGCGAGAUAUGUGCCCUCUUUUCUCCUUUUUUUGGUGAUACAUUUCCUCUAUUUUCAUGAUGCAUAGAUGCCUACCCUAUAUAUCCCAUAAUACCAGAGUUAUUGUGAGCAGACGGUGCAGAGGCUGCUGGUGUGCUGGUGAGGCAUCACAGAGCUGCCAUUUCAACACUGGCAUUGCAGUUACAGUCAUACCUCUGGUUAAAGACGCUUCAGGUUGAGCGUUUUCAGGUUGCAUUCCACGGCGACCUGGAAGUAACGUGACGGGUUACUUCCGGGUUUCGCCGCUUGCGCAUGCGCGGACGCUCAAAAUGACGUCAUGCACAUGUGCAGAAGCGGCGAAUUGCGACCCGCACACGUGCAGACACGGCUUGCGUUCUGCUCAGGUUGCGAACGGGGCUCUGGAACGGAUCCUGUUCACAGCCAGAGGUACCACUGUAUUUAUCUGGACACUGCAGAGUCAGGGCUAUCUGGGUGCAUCAGCGGAGCCAAUUUUUCAUUGCUACUAGUGCAGCUUCACAGUCCAAGAGCAAGCCUUACGCAGAAUGGGAUGUCAGGCGAGGAGAAGCUUUGAUGUCCCCCUUCAGUUGCUGAGUAACCUCAAUAUUGCAUCUCUAGCCCAUUUCAUGACAUUGAUGCAAGAUUUCCCCAUCAUAUACUUAGGCUAAAUCUGCAAGCAUGGAUCUGAUCAGUUUGUUGACUGUGCACCAUGUUGGAAGCGAACCCCAACACAACACUGUCCAGUCAUAAGUGCCGUCAGAUUUAAAAAAAUACUGUAAAUAUGAACUGGUAAUAUUAUUUAUUUCUGAUGUUGCAUGAUUUGGCAGGUACUCCUUGGACCCAAACAACCAUUGCAGUUGGCAUACCCUGCAAGAUUUCUCCGAUGAAAAUAGACACUCUAUUCUAUAAGAAGAAGAAGAGUUUGGAUUUGAUAUCCCGCUUUAUCACUACCCUAAGGAGUCUCAAAGCAGCUCACAAUCUCCUUUCCUUUCCUCCCCCACAACAGACACCCUGUGAGAUGAGUGGGGCUGAGAGACUUCAGAGAAGUGUGACUAGCCCAAGGUCACCCAGCAGCUGCAUGUGGAGGAGCGGAGACGCGAACCUGGUUCACCAGAUUACGAGUCCACCACUUGUAACCACUACACCACACUGGCUCUCAACAACAAAAACAACAACAAUUUUAUUAUUCAUACCUCACCCAUUUGAUUGGGUUGCUCCAGCCACUUUGGGCGGCUUCCACCUUAUAUAAAAACAUAAUAAAACAUUCAACAUUUUAAAAAACCCUCCCCUAUCCAGGUAUCUUCUAAAGGUUGUAAAGUUACUUAUCUCCUUGGCUCAGGGUUCUCAUAACGCCAAACAUACCCUCCAACAUUUCUCCAAUGAAAAUAGGGGAAAGCGGGACAUACUGGGAUCAAAUCAGAAACUCUGACGGCUGCUGUAAAUCCAGGACUGUCCCUGGAAAAUAGGGACAUUUGGAGGGUCUGAGUUGACACUCCUCCAGGUGUUCUUUUUGUUGCGCAUUCAUGAUGCUCUGUGCUCUUGUUACCAUUGGGGUUGUCACCCAUGAUCCUGCUUUCAAUACUGUUCGCCCCUGCAAAAUUAUAGGGUGGUCACACUGUUUCAUUUUCUACCGGUUGAUACCCUGCUGAAAUCACAUACCUUUUUAAACAAAAAUAAAAAAAAUGUUUUGGUUUAUUUUGGUCCUUCUUUAGCUCCUCUGGAGAACAAUAAUGUGGUAGCAUUGAAGCAACAUAGCAUAGCAGACUAAGGCAGAAUAAAUCCACUACUAAUGCAAUACUACUGUGCCAAGAACAUGUUGCAGAACAGCCACACAAAGGCAGCUGUCUGGAGAGGCCCUCGGUCUCUUUCAUUCUUGAAAAGCCCAUCAUAAAUACUUAUUUUGAGAUUUUCUUUCCAUAUUAUUGCCUGCCUUGUCCUGGAUUCCCUUCCAAUACAAUUACUCCUUUUAGCUGUGGCUCAGGCCAGCCUUACAUUUGUUCUCACAUAAGCUGUUGUCUGACCUAGUCAAUAUGGGGGGGAGGGGGAGGUGGGAGAAAAACAAAUUAUAACCCCAAGCAUGUUUUUAAAUGGGAGAUUACUGGCCUUUGGUUGCAAUGCACUUCCUUUUCACACCUCUUAAUGUGCAGCUCCUUAAAUCACCACGACGCUUUCCAAUUGCUGUUUGUUUUUCAAAGACAGCGUAUUAAAAUGUCGGUUCACGAGAGAGCAAUGGAUGAAAAAAAAAAUGAGGGGGGGGGAAAUGGCGAGGGGUGUUUUAAAGCUGCAGUUACAGCAAGUCAUAUGAAUAUUUCCAAUAACUGUGUUCCAAGAAGUAUUUUUGGAAGCAUGAAUGUUGUGUUUUUUAAUGAAGGCCAUAUUCUGAGGAUACGACACCAUAUGUCACAAUCAUUCUUCGACCAAAAAAGUAAAAGGAAAGUAUGCUAGGCUUUAAAGUGUUUUGGAAAACUGUCUUUGCACGGCUGUCAUUACUUGCGUGGCUGAGGGAUUCUUUGUUUUUUAGCACAUCCUAAAUGAGAUGUACUAUAUGCCUCAUAGGACAGAGCCUAUCCAACUUGCUGCUUGGGUAGAAAAAAUGAUAGCUCACUUGUGAUUUUCCUGGGUGACCCUUAGGGCAGCUAAUCUGUGGUUGAUGUAGUAGAACAGGCCUUGGGGCCACAGUGAUCCAUGCGACGGUCACCUCCAGGCUUGACUACUGUAAUUCGCUCUACGCGGGGCUGCCCUUGAAGCUGACCCAGAAACUCCAGUGGGUGCAGAAUGCCGUGGCGAGGCUCCUUACGGGGUCCUUGCCACAGGAUCACAUUCAUCCAGUGCUUUACCAACUGCACUGGCUCCCAGUGGAGUACAGGGUCAGGUUUAAGGUGCUGGUUUUGACCUUUAAAGCCCUAUGCGGCCUAGGACCCAUGUACGCCUCUCCUGGUAUACCCCGCGGAGGACCUUAAGGUCCACAAAUGACAACACUUUGGAGGUCCCAAGUCACAAGGUGGUUAGAUUGGUCGCAACUAGGGCCAGGCCCUUUUCAGUACUGGCCCUGACUUGGUGGAACACUCUGUCACAAGAGACUAGGGCCCUGAGGGACUUGACAUCUUUCCGCAGGGCCUGCAAGACAGAGCUGUUCCGCCUGGCCUUUGGUUUGGACUCAGUCUUUGGUUUUGGACCCUUAUGUUUCCCUCCCCUUAUGGUUUUGAUCUAUCGGCUACUAUUAAAAUGAGGCUGCAUUUAAAUUGGUUCCCCCCCCCUUUUCUCCCCUUCCCCCCAUUAUGUUUUUAUUGUAAUUUUACUGGUGUUAGCUGCCCUGAGCCCAGCUCUGGCCGGGGAGGGCAGGUAUAAAUAAAAUGUUAUUAUUAUUAUUAUUAUUAUUAUUAUUAAUCAACCUAUGGCCUUUUAAACUGUGUGUGGAGUUAUUGUUUUCGUUUGUUACUAUCAGGCAUUUUUGUGUUUUUAUCUCUUAAACUGUCCUGUGGUUCUUGGAUGAAGGGGUGGUAUAUGUGCAGUAUUUAAUAAAUCAAUCUCUCGUGAACUCCCAUCAUCAAUGGCUUUUAGGCCAUGCUCCCAAGGUUGAUGGGAGCUACAAGGAGCAGACAGAGCUGCCAGACCAGAAUGCAAAGCCUCUUGUGGCUGUUUUCUCCACCCUGGGCCCCCGAAAUGUUCACCAUAUGGGCUGGAUAUGCUGAAUGGAGCUGAAUGAAUGAGGUGGUCCAUGGAGUGUACCGCUUCAAAUUACAUGUAAGGGGCUGUCACUUCUGAACAUCUGCAUUUGCAACACCCUCCCAUCCAACCCCCCACCAAAGACUUCUGCAAAUGGAAAUCUAGCACACACUGGAGAAAGGUUCUAGCCCAGGCCUUUGUCUGCUGUGUUGCUUUUCAAUUCAUAGGUAGAAAAAACACAGGGGAGCACUAAGAAAUUCAACGUCUUGCCUGUAACCUGUGGUCACGCUGUACAUUUUGCCGUCUCAUUCAGCAGUAAGUGUCAAAUUUCCCAAUCUGCAGCAGUGCACCCUCCUCAUCCAUGCUAACCACGCACACAGACACUGAAAUAUAUGCUUUUGUAUUUACUUAGAGGCAAAAAUAUGAAAUCUUUUCUCUUUGGUUUCAUCUGCAGGUUAUAAAUGAAGAGAGCAAGAGAGAGACCAGCUGGUGAUUGGCAUCUUUAAUUGCAUCUUCUGAAUUAAUCACACAGCACAGAUUAAAGAAGCAUGGCUGAGCCUGGCGAGAAGCUUUUAAGUGUGGAAACGAAUAAACUCAGACAUGCACACAGCUACCAAGACACAACUUCGAUUGGGAUUAAAAGAAUGCAAAAGCGAUUUCUCCAGAAAGAUGGAAGCUGCAAUGUGUACUUCAAGCACAUCUUUGGGGAGUGGGAGAGCUAUGUGGCCGACAUUUUCACCACAUUAGUGGACAUUCAAUGGCGCCAUAUGUUUGUGAUCUUCUCAUUGUCCUACAUCCUUUCCUGGUUGUUCUUUGGCUUGGUCUUUUGGUUGAUUGCACUCCAUCAUGGUGAUUUAUCACUUGAUGAAGGAACGACCCCUUGUGUUGUCAGUGUCCAUAGUUUCACGGGGGCAUUCUUAUUCUCUCUUGAAACCCAAACAACCAUAGGCUAUGGAUCCCGUUGUGUCACCGAAGAGUGCUCCGUCGCAAUCCUGAUAGUUAUCAUACAGUCAGUGUUAGGCUGCAUCAUUGACACAUUCAUCAUCGGUGCUGCCUUGGCCAAAAUGGCCACUGCCCGGAAGCGAGCUCAGACCAUCCGCUUCAGCUAUCAUGCCACGGUAGGCUUAAGAGAUGGCAAACUCUGUUUGAUGUGGCGGAUAGGUGAUUUCCGCCCUAAUCAUAUGGUAGAAGGCACAGUGAGAGCCCAGCUCUUGCGGUAUGUGGAAGACAGAGUGGGAAGGAUGACAAUGGAAUACAAGGACUUAAAACUGUUAAAUGACCAGAUCAUUGUUGCAACCCCAGUGACCAUUAUCCACGAAAUUAACCAGGACAGCCCAUUGUAUGAUAUGGACAGGAAGGCUCUUGCUAAAGACAACUUUGAGAUCCUGGUUACAUUUGUUUACACUGGAGAUUCAACGGGGACAUCCCAUCAGUCAAGGAGUUCAUAUGUGCCUCGAGAAAUCCUUUGGGGGCACCGGUUCAAUGACGUCCUGCAAAUGAAGAAGAAGUACUACAAAGUCAACUGCCUCCAAUUUGAAGAAACCACCGAGGUUUAUGCUCCUUAUUGUAGUGCCAAGCACCUAGACAGGAAGGAGCAAGAAUACACCACCUUGGAAAAAGCAGUGGAUGGAGAACCUGGAACGUCGUCAUCUUCUUCUUCCUCUUCAUCAGCACCAGCACCAGCACCAAGAUUAGGACUAAGAGCCCGGUCCUUUAGUGCUGAAGCAUUAAUCAUCCACUCUGAAAUUUCUGAAGAGUCAGCCAAAACUUCUAACCAAGCCAAUGUUAUGGAGGUGCCGUAUGAGAGAGCGCUGGUGACUUUAAGUAGAAUCUCAAUGGAAUCCCAGAUCUAACAAUCUGUUGCAAUGGCUGCUCUUGACUUUGCAGCAGUUUUCAAGGCGCACAAGUUAUGGACCUGGUAUCCUCAAAUCAUAAAACGGAAGAACAGACUCGUUGACAUUUCAUCGAGACUUCGGUCUAGCUGGUUUUCUUGUUUUAGUAGAUAAUGCUGAUAUUAUUCAUCUCCUUAAAAAAAUUCCUUUUUUGCAAACAGUAGAAUUUUGUGCCCUUGUAUUUUUUAAAUAGAAUGCUUAACAAUAUUCAGCAUCAGUACUGAAAGUGGAGGAUACCUAUUGUUAAGAAUUUCAAAGUUGCUUUAUCACUGAAGCCAUGAAGUCAGAUUAUUUGAGUUAAAACUGCUUCAGGACCUUAUAGUCCUAUGGUUUAGGCGCAUUAAUUUUGGAUUGUUCAGUGUGACUGUCUUUUGGAUUAAUGUACAUUUCAGUAAAUUAAAGAAUUGCAAAAUAAGUAAUUUGUGUGCUGCAGCAUAGCUUGGUAGUCUAUUUGCCAAGUGUACCCUAGGCCCACAUCUCAUUCAAGUAGCUCUUUUGAUUGUACAAAGAGAAGUUAAUUAAACUACUUCACAUUUUUGUUUAUUUGUAAAAACUAUAUAUAUAUAUAUAUAUAGUAUAUAUAUAUACUAGAUUUUUCUAUGGGGGAUUUAGGCUUUCUCAGAAUUUUCUUUUGCAAUUUCUAAUAAAGUAUUUUGAAUUCUCCCUAAAAUAUGUAAAGAAUAAUUCUUACACAGAGUUUGAAAAAAGUAGCUAGCUUUGCCAAAGCCAUUAUGCAAGGCACCUUAUUUGCUUCCACUUUCUGUUGAUCAGUGAUUUAUUUGCUACUAGACAUUACAAAGAUGUAAGGCCUAUCACACUCAAAUUUAUGGCUUGUUUUCAUUUAGUUACUUUCAUUUCUUUUCAACUACCUAAUCAUUUCAUGUUGAAGAUAUGUUUUUAAAUUGUUCUGCAUAUCUGGAAAGAUGAUUUGUAACUUAGAGAUAACGAUGUGCUAGCUGGUG